AUGGCGACGGACCCUGGAGAACCCACGGGGACAGAGGACUCCUCAGAGAAACCUGAUGGAGUACGGGAGGAGGAGACGGAGCAGGAGAGCGGCAGGAGGGAAAGGACGCACAGCACCCCCUCUGACUUCCCCUCCUCCCAGACCCAAGAGAGGAGAGCCGCCGAGGGAAGGGAGACAGGAGAAGGACCAAGAGGAGGCGGAAGCAGAGGAGGGCGAGGAGAGAUGGAGGACACAGACGUUAAGGAAGAGGAGAUUCCUCCGUUUAGACCUAUGUCUCUCUCCACACCCUCAUCCACGGCUGCGACCGUGGUGGCUUCAGGGUCAGGAGGUCACGGGCCGAGGCUGAGGAGAGAGAAACGUUUCUUCAGGAAGAGUGUGGAGAUCUGCGAGGAGGAGGACGAGGUGGCGGCAGACCCUGCAGCGGUCUCCCACUCCGCCCCCCACCUGGACUCAGUCUUCACCCUCAGCGGGGCCCAGGCCCCUACCGCCACCGCCGCCUCAGUUUCCGCAGCCCUGGGACAUGACACGGCUCACAACGACCCAUCCAGCCCCAGCACCACCCAGGACGCCGGGGCCAAGGACACCCCCUCCUCCACCCCUGCCCAGACGGGGAAGGAGAGGGACAGAGAGCAGGAGGAGGAGGCAGAGAUGAAGGCCGUGGCCACCUCGCCGGGGGGGAGGUUUCUGAAGUUUGACAUUGAGCUGGGGAGGGGAGCCUUUAAGACCGUUUACAAAGGCCUAGACACUGAGACCUGGGUGGAGGUGGCCUGGUGCGAACUACAGGUAAGAACAAUACUCGUACUCUCUAGUUCUCUAGAGUCUAGACACUUUUCAGACUAUUGUGCCGACCCCAAACAAACUGUACUGCCUUGGAUAUGUUAUUUUCAGCACGGCUCCAGCAAGUAUGGUGGAUGCGUAACCAGGCCAGCUCAGUACAGCUUGGUUUGGCUCGGCUCAGUUUUAUGCAGGCCACGGUUUGAUUUCUGGUUUAUGACAACAGUGUCUGUUUAAGUAUGUGUGAGUGGUCUCUAGAGGUAAUGACAUGGAAGGUGUAGAGAGGUAAUACCGAUCAAUGGCAACAAUAUAUUGUGUUGAUUUUACUGGUCUGUUGGGAAAAUCUAUAGCUAUUAGUUUUGUAUUGAAUUACACACACCAUAAUGUAUGACUUAAAGUCAGUUGAAAUCUUCCCAGGACCUCCACACAAACACAAACACACAUUAUCAGGAGCUUCUCUCCUCCCUGAGAUCGUCUCAGCCUGUUGUCUGCUUGCUAAUCAGACUGAGACUCAGACUCACUGCAGCACAUUGGAGACAGAGAGAGGGGGGGGUGGAAGAAGAUGUACUUUUGCUGCACUCAGGAACACAUGAAUAAUGCAUGAUGAUAGGGUAGUAGAUACAUUCCCUGUGAAAAAGAAAAUGCACUAGAUUUGAAACGUUACAGGUUGAAUGUGCAGACUGCAGCGAGACAGUCACCCUCACAUGCCUGAACUUUCUAUGAAAUCCAUAGAUGACGCGUGAUUCAUUCAUUGUCCAUCAAAAACAAUGUUGCCUGAUAUUCAUUACACUCUUAGAAAAAAAGGUGCUAUCUAAAACCUAAACGUGUUUUUCAGCUGUACCCAUAGGAGAACCCUUUUAAGAACCCUUGAAGAACCCUUUUUGGUUCCAGAUAGAACUGUUUUGGUUCCAGGUAGAACCCUUUUGGGUUCCAUGUAGAACCCUUUCCACAGAUGGUUCCAAAAGGGUUCUACCUGGAACCAAAAAGUGUUCUCCUAUGGGGACAGCCGAAGAACCCUUUUGGAACAUUUUCUUCUAAGAGUGUAGUAUUUAUUCCUACUGCAUUACAAUUAUAUUGUACUGUAUUAUAUUCUAUGCUAUUCUAUAUUACUACUAUUCAUUAUCACAGCAUAUGUCAUAUAUAUAUAUAUAUAUAUAUAUAUAUAUAUAUAUAUAUAUUCAAGUGACAUGUUCCCCUAAGGCACUGAUGUUUAGCCUAGCUAUUGGAAAAGUAUUGUGUUGCAGAGGCCAAUGCUUUUGUGUAUGUUGCUGAGCUGUGACAACCAACACAAAAGGAUCAAUGAAGCUUAACCCUAUAGAUGAAGGAUAAGAUUAACAUAGAACAAUAAACAAUUGGACAUGAAGGGUAGAGUGAAGAAAAGGGGGUGUGUCCAGGUAGUGAAAGAGGAACAAUAGCCAUAAUUAGAACAAACCUCACCAAGAGGUUGAGAUUAAGAUGAAUGAACAGAACAAGAGAAUGAAAGGGAUGUGUGUAGUGAAAGAGUCAGGCGCGGGAGGGUAAAUUUACAUUUUAGUCAUUUAGCAGACGCUCUUAUCCAGAGCGACUUACAGUUAGUGAGUGCAUACAUUUUUCAUACUGGCCCCCCGUGGGAAUCGAACCCACAACCCUGGCGUUGCAAGCGCCAUGCUCUACCAACUGAGCUACACGGGAAUACAGAGUUUAUUCCGUCGUACACAGUUGCGCUGGAUAGCGACAACAAAAUACAGGCACAGGGGAAUAAUCUACCCCGGCAAUACAAGGUACGAGUAGCUCAACCGAGCUACACUCAACUCACAUAAAACAAUCACCCACAAGGACAAGGGGGCAGAGGGAACACUUAUACACAGACUAAUGAGGGGAUAUGAACCAGGUGUGUGUAAUUGACAAGACAAGACAAAUGGAAUGAUGAUAUAUGGAGCGGCAGUGGCUAGUAAGCUGGUGACGACGAACGCCGAAGCCUGUCCGAACAAGGAGGGGAGGCAGCCUUGGCGGAAGUCGUGACAGUACCCCCCCCUUGACGCGCAGCUCCAGCAGCGUGCCGACCCUGGCCUCGGGGACGGCCAGGAGGACGUGGAGCAGGGCGAGCCGGAUGGCGACGGUGGAAGUCGUGACAAAGAGGAACCAGUAGUCGCUUUAGAGAAUGUCCCUCCCCAUUGGUGGACUCUCUUAACUGUCAUUUAUUGACCCUGAAGACGUGAAAGCGUGACAAGCUAAAUGUGGGAUUGUACCCUUACGGAGCAACUCGUGAUUUACUGACACUGUAGAGCAACAGGGAACAACAGCCAAUGACGUCAUACGGUGUGGGCUCAACUGGCAGGAGACACUUGAAAAAAUAAGGAAAAUAAACGUACUGUUUGCGGUCACAAAAGAGAAGCUGUGUGAUUCGCCAGCUGAUUUGUCUGAUGUCUUUGUGUGGAAAUGCUAGUAGGCUAGUCUACACUGGUCAGUCAUGUGUUGGCUUCGGAGCUAAUGCUACACAGCUGAUGUGUCCAAUCUCUCUCUCUCUCAAAUGGCACCCUAUUGCCUGUGUAGUGCACUACUUUUGACCAGGGCCCAUAGGGAUCUGGUCAAAAGUAGCGAACUAUGUAGGGAACAGGGUGUCAUUUAGGACACAGGGUGUAGGUGGGGUCAAUUCCAUUUCAAUUUUCUUAAUUGAAAAGUAAUGAGGCAAAUUAGUUGGGAAUUGGAAUUUCAGUUUACUUCCUGAAUUGGAAGAAUUGAAAUGGAAUUGUGUUACAGCACUGCUUAUAAGGCUAACCACCUCCAUUGUUCCCCUCCAGCCUUUAGCAAGAUUCCCCUGUAUAAUAACAGCACUGCUUUUUCAAAUCUUUUUUAUGUUAUAUUCAGACAGUAUUGAAGUAGAGGAGGAGAUAAAUGAGGAGGGGAGACUCUGUAGGAAGGACUGAUGUCCCAUCUCCUGGGGCGACAUACAGAUGUAUUAUGUGUGCUAGGAGCUGGGUGUGUUACCAUUAGACCACUAGACCACAUGGCUCUGCACCACUGUUUGUAGGACUAACCACCUCCGUAUCCCUCCGCCUUUCAGCUCUGUCCCUACUGCUCUUACCGUAAAUCACAUCAGGUGUUACCACUAGACUGCUUGUAGGACUAUAACCACCAGCCCUGCUCUUACCGUAAAUCACAUCAGGUGUUACCACUAGACUGCUUGUAGGACUAUAACCACCAGCCCUGCUCUUACCGUAAAUCACAUCAGGUGUUACCACUAGACUGCUUGUAGGACUAUAACCACCAGCCCUGCUCUUACCGUAAAUCACAUCAGGUGUUACCACUAGACUGCUUGUAGGACUAUAACCACCAGCCCUGCUCUUACCGUAAAUCACAUCAGGUGUUACCACUAGACUGCUUGUAGGACUAUAACCACCAGCCCUGCUCUUACCGUAAAUCAGUCCCACCAGCCGACCGACCGCUCUGGUUUAGAUCACUUAACACUCCAACUGGUCACACCAUCAAAAGCAGCCAGCAGCAGCCAGCCCAUACCUAAGCACUUAGGAAAGCCAGACAUCCUCGACCAGAGACUUACUAAGGCAGUAAAAGUAGUCUGUUUCCAUAAAGGCAGUAUUACUAUGAUUGUAUGUAUUCUGCUUUGCCCCUUAUCUCAAGUAAUGAAAGCAGUGUUCUUGAUCUUGGAUUUGCAAACAUACUCUAGGCCCAUUCCACCUUAUGAAAACUGUUUACAAUAAGAGAGAGGGAGGGAGAGAGGGGGAGGGAUGGAGGGAGGGAGAGAGAGUUAGAGACUGAUGAGCCAAAUAGAGGAUUAACAUGGCAUGACUCCCAGAGAGUGGCAGUGUGGCUAAUGCACACACACACACACACACACAGAUGGUUGGAUUUGUGUGUGUGCGUGCCAUAUUCUCUCCCCCUCACACCUCUCUCUCUAGCCCACCCUCCCCCCUCCCUAACUCCCUCCCCCUCUCUCUCUCUCCCUCCCUCCCCCUCCCGAUCUCCCCUCCCCCCUCCCCCCUCCCCCCUCCCUCCCUCCCUCCCUCCCUCCAUCCCGCUCCCUCUCUUUGUCUGUGAGAGUGAGCAUACAGAGUGAUCCAGGGAGUUAAUUACAGUGGGUGCCUGUCAGGCGGGAACAAAAACCCUGCACAGACAGCACAACUAACUGGUCUGGGGCGGUCUGGGCUAGGGCAGGAACCCCACAAACCCACCCCACUGGCUGGCUCACCCCAACCCUCUCUUCUCCUGUCAGCCCACUGAGCCCACACCGGCCUGACCCAAUCCAGCCCAAAUUCACCCAAUCCACCCCAAUCCACCCAAUCUAGCCAAUCCACCCAAUCCACCCCAAAUCCACCCAAUCCACCCAAAUCCACCCCAAAUUCACCCAGUCCACCCCAAAUCCACCCAAAUCCACCCAAUCCACCCAAAUCCACCCCAAAUCCACCCAGUCCACCCCAAAUCCACCCAAAUCCACCCAAUCCACCCAAAUCCACCCCAAAUCCACCCAGUCCACCCCAAAUCCACCCAAAUCCACCCAAUCUACCCAAAUCCACUCAAUCCACCCUGUGUGGGAAUGUAUCAGUGUCCGAGAGUGUGUGUCUGUGUGUGUCAGUGUGUGUUUGGAAUGAGCCAUGCAGCCAGGGGAGGGACAGCUGGAUGGAGCUAGUCUAGCCUAGAGAGUAACCUGUCCAGGAACGACUGGUUCCGACCAGUGUUCUUCUUCCCUGGUUUUAUGACGGUCUGCAAACAAACGUUUCUAGGUGCAUGCCUCCACCUACUGUACGGGUAGUGAACGAGAAAAAAAAUAAUCAUUGCGGGAAAGGGGGGGGAAAAAACAACAUCAUAUACAAUACAUAAAUCAAAUACAUCCAAAACCGCAUCCCACUCCUUCAGUCAUUGUCCAAAUGACAUCCCUACACAGGCUCAGGGGCCUGUGAGGAUGGAACAUUCGUUGACAGGAUUCCUUGUAGUGCCUCUGCUGUAAAAUCCCUGAGUCCCCCAAAAAAUUAUGCCGCACUCACAACGAUGCCUAUUUUCUCAGAUUUCCUCUUUAUUUGUGUUGUGCAGUUUAUAACCAAUGCAAUAAACGAUACAAAGUCCACCUUUUUAACAUGCAACAUGUCAGGAUCCUGUUGGCCAGGAACAUUUACUGGUGUCUCUAAUCAAACUACCAUGGUUUGUUCAACGUUACUUUCACUCUUCUCACUUUCUCCGCCUAGGAGGCACACUGGACAGCCCUUAUCCUUGCCACCUCUGUCUCCUUCACCAUAAAAGGGCACUUCAGGAAUUUGGUUGCAUAUUCGCCACCACAAUUGCAGCAUUUCGCCUCAGCUGGCAUAUGAUAUUCCUCCCGUCUACAUACACUUGACACAUGACCAAAUAGUUUACAUUCAUCAUACUGCAUGUGUUUUAGGCACGAAGGCUAUCUCACAUAACCUAAAUAUACGUGUGCAGGGAGAGACUCUUCUUCAAUGAACAAAAGCAUGGAUGCAAUGGGCUUCCUCACUCCUUCCACCAUACGGGUCAGUCGGCAUGCACCAACCACUGGUUCUAUUUCUUCAGUUACAUCCUUUGCACUCGCUUCUAGCGCCACUCCAGAGAUAACCCCCUUGAUAGGCACCCUGCUUCGCAGCUCCCCACACGACACAUUCCAAUCCGAUAUCUUUGCAAACCUCUUUCUGCUCCUCUGACACACAAACAAGCCCACUUCUUGUUAUACACACUGACGCAACUUCAUCCAACGCAUCUAAGAUUUUCAUCGAGACGUCAAACAGAUCUCCCAGGUAACUCCAUCGGUCCAAAACCUUCACUCCAACUAAGAAAAGAAUCAGAACGAUGGUUGGAUUGACUAGAUUCCACAACAACUUUACUUCUCUUGUUCCCUUUUGUAUUCUCCACUGGAAUCCAUUUCUCCUCACUAUCAUAUCCACUCGACACGCCAUCAGUUUCAAACAAAACAUCUGCUUCCGCCAUCUUCCAUUCCGACCAGACAGCGGAUGGAACGGCUUUUAGGUUAGCUUUACUGAAGAAAAGGGUUGCUUAGGGCCACUUUACCGCAGUAAAAGGUUGCUAUGAGACAAUCGUUAGGGAUGUGGGAGGGAUGUAAAGUGUCUUCUUAGAAACCGCAGCCAGCCAGGGAAGCCUGGGCCCCCGACGAUUCACCUUAGGAUUUAUGUCAUGUCCACACACAGACAGAGGUGCUAAUGCUCUCUCUCUCUCUCUCGCUCUCUCUCUCUCUCUCUCUCUCUCUCUCUCUCUCUCUCGAACACAGACACAUCCAGUACAGACACACACAUACGCUCAUACACACACCCACACAUAGAGCGCACGCAUGCAUACACACACAUGCAUACACACACACCAUCCAAGGCUUAGGCUCCAGUUGGGGGAAACAUGGUAUCUCUGUGACAGACUCUCUAAUCGAGAUUGGGUUCUGGGUGCUGUAGAUUAGGGACAACAAGGUUAGUUAAAGGUGGAAUUAUCAUGUGUUCACUAAGCUCGGACCCUGCGGGAGAGGAGACACUCUAUUGGAUUAAAAACAAAGAUCAAAGGUCAAACAACCACAAGAUCUCAUAGCACAGAAAAGUGUCAUUCUGGCGUGGAAGAAAGGCAGAUUUACUUCACAUAAUUUGUUCGUUUAAAAGGGCCCUUGUAGUCCAGUCGGGGGAAACAAGGUCCGAAAACCCUGUUAUUUCCAGUACAGGUGGUAUUAUCAUGUGUGUUCAGUCAGGCAGACCCUCUAAAGGGGAGAGGAGACACUAUUGGAUUAUACUGGAUUCCGCUGUAGGAGUCAAAGGUCAUCGUCAUGAUAAUCCCAUAGGACUACCAUUUAGGGGUUGACUGGUUCAGAGACAACCGGUAGUUCACACUAAAGAGACAUACAGUCAAUACCUCAUUUUGGGGGAAUUUUGUUGGUUCAUUUUGUUAGCCUUUAACCUUUAUUGCUGAAUAGUUUAUUAUGCAUUAUUUACAUGUGUUUUAGGGAAGAGGGGAUUGGGUGGGAAGUGUUAAAAUUUUGCAGUAUUUAGCAAUAAUAAAUACGAGUCUGGUAGCAGCAGUUGUGAUGUGUGUGUGUGUGCAUGAGUGAGUCCAUGUGUGUUAAAGGGAUACUUUGGGAUUUUGGCAAUGAAGCCCUUUAUCUACUUCCUUAGAGUCAGAUGAACUCGUGGGAAGUAGAUAAAGCUCCUCAUUGCCAAAAUCCCAAAGUAUCCAUUUAAGGUGCGGAAAGUCAAUGCAGGUGGUCAGUCCAGUUCAAGUGUUCAGCGGUCUGAUGGCUUGUAGAUAGAAAGUGUCUCUGAGCCUGUUGGUAUCAGACCUCAUGCUCCGAUACUGUCUGCCAGACGGUAAGGGAGUGAACAGCUCAUGGCUGGGGUGUGUGGGGUCCUUGAUGAUGCUGCGGGACUAUCUCAGGCACCGUUUCGAGUAGAUGUCCUGGAUGGGGGCGAGCACGGUCCCAGUGAUGUACUGGGCCGUCUUCACCACCUGCUCCAGGCCAUGAUGCAACCGGUCUGGACGCUCUCGAUGGUGCAGCGGUUGUAUUUGGAGAGGACAUGGGGUGGCAUGUCGAAUUUCUUCAACCGGCUUAGGAAGUAGAGGUGCUGUUGCGCCCUCUUGACAACAGUGGUGGUGUUGUUGGUCCAUGUCAAGUCCUCAGUGAUGUGGACGCAGGGAAACUUAAAACUGCUGACUCUCUCUACUUCCAGUCCUGUUGAUGUGGAUCGGGGCAUAUACCGUCCUCUGCUUCCUGAAGUCAACAAUCAACUCCUUUGUUUUGCUGAUGUUGAGGGAGAGGUUGUUGUCCUGGCACCACAAUGCCAGUUCACUUGCCUCCUCCCUAUAGGCUGACUCGUCAUUAAUGGUUGUCAGGCCUAUAACCGUAGUCAGCGUGUCGUCAGUGAACUUAAUUACAUUUACAUUUACGUCAUUUAGCAGACGCUCUUAUCCAGAGCGACUUACAAAUUGGUGCAUUCACCUUAUGAUAGGCAGUGGGACAACCACAGUUCCCGCUCAGCCCAGUCAAAACUGUUCACUGCUCUGGCACCCCAAUGGUGGAACAAGCUCCCUCACGACGCCAGGACAGCGGAGUCACUGACCACCUUCCGGAGACACUUGAAACCCUACCUCUUUAAGGAAUACCUGGGAUAGUAUAAAAGUAAUCCUUCUACCCCUCCCCCCCCCCCACACCCACAAAAAUAAAAAAUAAAAAUAAAAAUAAAUUUAAAAAACAAUAUAUAUAUAAAACAAUUACAUUUUGAAUCUUUAGGGUAUAUUUUAAAUUUUCAUUUGUUAUAUAUAUAUAUUGUUUUUUUAAUUAUUAUUUUUGUGGGUGGGGGGGGGGGUAAGGGGGGGUAGAAGGAUUACUUUUAUACUAUCCCAGGUAUUCCUUAAAGAGGUAGGGUUUCAAGUGUCUCCGGAAGGUGGUCAGUGACUCCGCUGUCCUGGCGUCGUGAGGGAGCUUGUUCCACCAUUGGGGUGCCAGAGCAGUGAACAGUUUUGACUGGGCUGAGCGGGUAACUGUGCUUCCGCAGAGGUAGGGGGACCAGCAGGCCAGAGGUGGAAGAACGCAAUGCCCUCGUUUGGGUGUAGGGACUGAUCAGAGCCUGAAGGAGGUGCCGUUCCCCUCACAGCUCCGUAGGCAAGCACCAUGUUCUUGUAGCAGAUGCGAGCUUCAACUGGAAGCCAGUGGAGUGUGCGUAGGAGCGGGGUGACGUGAGAGAACUUGGGAAGGUUGAACACCAGACAGGCUGCAGCAUUCUGGAUGAGUUGUAGGGGUUUAAUGGCACAGGCAGGGAGCCCAGCCAACAGCGAGUUGCAGUAAUCCAGACGGGAGAUGACAAGUGCCUGGACUUGAGCAAGGCACUUAACCCUAAUUGCUCCUGUAAGUCGCUCUGGAUAAGAGCGUCUGCUAAAUGACUAAAAUGUAAAAUGUAAAUGUAAAUUUGGAUCUGUGCCGCUUCCUGUGUAAGGUAGGGUCGUACUCUGCGAAUGUUGUAGAGCAUGAACCUACAGGAUCGGGUCACCGCCUUGAUGUUAGCGGAGAACGACAGGGUGUUGUCCAGGGUCACGCCAAGGUUCUUUGCACUCUGGGAGGAGGACACAACAGAGUUGUCAACCGUGAUGGCGAGAUCAUGGAGCGGGCAGUCCUUCCCUGGGAGGAAGAGCAGCUCCGUCUUGCCGAGGUUCAGCUUGAGGUGGUGAUCUGACAUCCAGACUGAUAUGUCUGCCAGACAUGCAGAGAUGCGAUUCGCCACCUGGUUAUCAGAAGGGGGAAAUGAGAAGAUUAAUUGUGUGUUGUCUGCGUAGCAAUGAUAGGAGAGACCAUCUGAGGAUAUGACAGAGCCAAGUGACUUGGUGUAUAGAGAGAAUAGGAGAGGGCCUAGAACUGAGCCCUGGGGGACACCAGUGGUGAGAGCACGUGGUGCGGAGACAGAUUCUCGCCACGCCACCUGGUAGGAGCGACCUGUCAGGUAGGACGCAAUCCAAGAGUGAGCCGCGCCGGAGAUGCCCAACUCGGAGAGGGUGGAGAGGAGGAUCUGAUGGUUCACUGUAUCAAAGGCAGCAGAUAGGUCUAGAAGGAUGAAAGCAGAGGAGAGAGAGUUAGCUUUAGCAGUGUGGAGAGCCUCCAUGACACAGAGAAGAGCAGUCUCAGUUAAAUGACCAGUCUUGAAACCUGACUGGUUUGGAUCAAGAAGGUCAUUCUGAGAGAGAUAGCAGGAGAGUUGGCUAUAGACGGCACGCUCACGUUUUGGAGAGAAAAGAAAGAAGGGAUACUGGUCUGUAGUUGUUGACAUCGGUGGGAUCGAGUUGAUGGAGUUAGUGUCGUGAUGAUGAUGGAGUUAGUGUCGUGCAAAGCCACGCAGUCGUGAGUGAACAGGGAGUACAGCAGAGGGCUGAGGACACACCCCUGGGGGGCCCCUGUGUUAAGAGUCAGUGUGGAGGAGGUGUUGCCAACCCUCACAGCCUGUGGUCUGCCCGUCAGGAAGUCCAGGAUCCAGUUGCAGAUGACCCUGAGCUUGGUGUUGACAAUAGUGUUGAAUGCUGAACUGUAGCGAAUGAACAGCAUUCUCACAUACAUUGUAUAUACAAAAGUAUGUGGACUCCCCUUUAAAUUAGCGGAUUCGGCUAUUUCAGCCACAUCCUUGCUGACAGGUGUAUAAAAUCGAGCACCGGUCUCGAGUCCUGUCUCGAGACCCCAUAUUGAGUGUCUCGGUCUUGUCUCGGUGUGGGACAGGGGGACUCCUAAUUUCUUCCCGAGACCAGCCGAGACCAGCGGAGUAAAAAACGUCUAAUUAUGAGCUUCCAUUCAGUCAGCACAUAAAAGCGCUUCACCAGGCCAAAUGUAUACAAUCCUUUCUUGAAACAUGAAUAUCUUACCGCCUAUUGAAACCUGGGAUUCCUACUUUACUCGUAACAUUACUGUCCUUUACUUUCAUUGAAAAAUAUCCUCAAACUUUGCCCAAAUUGUUUUGACUCGCUGGUAGGGAAGAGUGGGGGAAAUUGUUGGAAAGUUGCACACUCACUAUUAGCAGUGGCGACCCAUCAUUCAGGGCAGGUGGGGCAGAGCCCUUGAUUGGAGUCCAUUGUGGUAAAUUCAAUUGAUUGGACAUGAUUUGGAAAGGCACAAUCCUGACUACUUAAGGUCCCACAGUUGACAGUGCAUGUCAGAGCAAGAAUCAAGCCAUGAGGUCGAAGGAAUUGUCCGUAGAGCUCAGAAACAGGAUUGUGUCAAGGCACCGAUCUGGGGAAGGGUACCAAAAACUUUCUGCAGCAUUGAAGUUUCCCAAGAACACAGUGGCCUCCAUCAUUCUUAAAUGGAAGUAGUUUGGAACCAUCAAGACUCUUCCUAGAGCUGGCCACCCGGCCAAACUGAGCAAUCGGGGGAGAAGGGCCUUGGUCAGGGAGGUGACCAAGAAUCCGACAGAGCUCCAGAGUUCCUCUGUGGAGAUGGGAAAACCUUCCAGAAGGACGACCAUCUCUGCAGCACUCCACCAAUCAGGCCUUUAUGGUAGAGUGGCCAGAUGGAAGCCACUUCUCAGUAAAAGGCACAUGACAGCCCGAUUGGAGUUUGCCAAAAGGCACCUAGUCUCAGACGAUGAGAAACAAGAUUCUCUGGUCUGAUGAAACCAAGAUUUUACUCUUUGGCCUGAAUGCCAAGCGUCAGUCAGGAUCGAGGGAAAGAUGAAUGGAGCAAAGUACAGAGAGAUCCUUGAUGAAAACCUACUCCAGAGGGCUCAGGACCUCAGACUGGGGCGAAGGUUCACCUUGCAACAGGACAACGACCCUAAGCACACAGCCAAGACAACGCAGGAGUGGCUUUGGGACAAGUCUCUGAAUGUCCUUGAGUGGCCCAACCAGAGCCCGGACUUGAAUCCGAACGAACGUCUCUGAAGAGACCUGAAAAUAGCUGUGCAGCGUUGCUCCACAUCCAAACUGACAGAGAUUGAGAGAAUCUUCAGAGAAGAAUGGGAGAAACUCCCCAAAUACAAGUGUGCCAAGCUUGUAGCGUCCUACCCAAGAAGACUCGAGGCUGUAAUCACUGCCAAAGGUGCUUCAACAAAGUACUGAGUAAAGGGUCUGAAUAGUUAUGUAAAUGUAAUAUAUCCAGUUUUUUUUUGCAUUUGCAAAAUAAAAACUGUUUUUGCUUUGUCAUUAUGGGGUAUUCUGUGUAGAUUGAUGAGGAAUUAAAACAAUUUAAUCAAUUUUAGAAUAAGGCUGUAACGUAACAAAAUGUGGAAAAAGUGAAGGGGUCUGAAUACUUUCCGAAUGCACUGUAUAUAUAUUUUAUUUAUUUAAAUUGUUAUUAUUAUUAUUAUUUUUGCCAGUUUUUCUGUUAUUUUGGAAUUAAUACGUGUCACGUAUCAGAUUGCAAACAAUGUAAAAAAAAUUAUAUUUGAGUUAAUAAAGCCUUAUACAAACAUGGUCUCUUUUUUGCUUUCUUGAGUAUGGCAGCUCCAAAAUGCAGGUGUUUCAGCCUAGCUCAGUGCUUUCUGUGGUGGUGGGGCAGCCAGCGGAAAAUACGGAGUGUAGGGGUUGGUAAUGUUCUCUAGUUGUGCCGUGAUUGGCUCAGUGUUCUGUCACUCAUGGGGACAGUACGUCACUGCAAAUUCUACGGGGACAGCUCGAAAAUUCAUGCCCCUUGGGUGCAGCCAUAGAUUUACAUUAGAAGUGCCCAUCCAAGAUGGCUCAAGGUCAUUGGCCACAGAUACAAUUACAUCAUGUCACGUUAUAUCUACCAUAGCUUUGACUGGACUGAUCAUGUCAACAUCAUACUUUCAAAAUCUUAGCUACCAAGCUAAACAAGCAGUCAUCAUCAUGAAUCAAGUCGAGAAUCUACUGGCAAAUCCUUUUCAAUCCUUGUCAUAUGAAGAUAAAUUAUAGAUCAAACGUAUCGGUGCUCAUCGGCCAUUGGACAUUAACAUCACACAAAAAGUUGGAAAUCGCAAAUUCUAAAAUGAGUGGUUUGGAAAGAAUCAGUGUCUAACUGCAAUCUUUGCAAAGCAAUCACUAGCCUGCUAUUCAGUGGAGAGGGUGUGUGGUCAGAGUCUGGGUUUAAGGGUCUCUUUUCCAAGCUUAAAAGGAUAAACAUUCACUUCCAACACACCAUGGGCCAGAAACGGUUGAAUAGAUUGGCCAUGCUGUCAAUCCAGCAUGACUUCUGCCGAGUUCAAAACAACUGAAAACUCGGAACUGGGAAAUCUCAGACUUCAUUGAGUUCAAGACAACUGGGAACUCUGAAAAAAACGAGCUCCGACUGGGAAAAUAUAUUUUGACCGGUCAUCCAACUCGGAAUUCCAAGUCGGGAAAUGGGUCCUCUUUCUAGAGUUCCGACCUGAAGAUCACUGACGUCAUGUUUCAACCUUGUUUUUUUCCGAGUUCCCAAUAGUGUCUUGAAAGCACCAUAAAUCCAGAAAAUGCCAGACUUUGAUGACAAAGUUUGAUGACAACAUUUGCCCACAAGAAGGACCGCCACGCCACCUUCCUGUUCAAGUGAGCACAGCACAACAAGGUGAGUCCAAAAAUGUAUUGUAUGCUGCUGCAUAAAUGAUGUAAUAUGCCAGGGAGAUAUGUAUACUGUAGCUAAGAAAGUAAUACUAAGUGUAUGUUGUGUAGUAAGCUGUUAGUAGUCCAUGCGCCUCACCAUAAUAAUUUGGUCCCUUUCCCCCUCAUAACUUAGCCUACUGUUCUGACUUGGUGGUGCACAUGUAGCCUAUAGCCUGUUUUAGAUAAAUGUUAUCUAACAUUUUAAGAGCUUUCAUUGUCUGCUUAUAUGCCCCCUUUAUUUAUCCUACGGUUCUGACUUGAUGUACAGGGAGACUACUGUAAGAACGGCUCAUGUUCUGAAUUCUGUCGCUGUAUAUUUCAAAAGUGCUGAAUAAAUAGUUAUAUUGACUACGUCCGUCCUAGCUCGCUCAUUAAUGUCUUAAUCAAAAUAACGGAUUGCCUCUUAUCCGCUCGUCGUUCCUUUAUGCCAUAGUUUGUACAUCUCAAUUGUCAGUAGAAACCACAAUUGUUUAAGCAAGUCAGCCAUAUCAGCUAUGUUUUUUUUAAAGGCAGUAAAUGAGGCUGAAUGAACUGUUUCGCUGCCAGACAAGGCUCUGCUGAUAGCCAGGUGUAGCAGUGGUAAGGAUUCACUCCAUGGUGCUGAAAAGAAAGCUCUGCUGUUGGGACAGCUUUAUGUGGGCCCUAACAGUUUGUGGGCACCGUUUGUCACCGUUAUAGUGCAAUUAAUGUAUUGUUUAGUGUUGUGUUGUGUAGUGGCUUUGCUGGCAUGCAUCUAAAAGUGUAGUGGAGGCUAUAUGCAGGUAUAUGCCCUAUACCCACUUUUUUUCAGUGGGCAUUGCCUAUACUAACUUCUUAAUCAGUUUUGUUGCGUUUCAAAGUAGUGUAGUGGAGGUAUACGACUUAUUAAUUAUGUAGUACAAUAGAGAAAUCAUUCACAAAGUAGCCUAGACAAUCGCAAAGCACGUGAAAUAUAUUCACAUGCACGCAGCACACAUAGCCUAGUUUCAGCGGAAUAUCAUCUGCAGGCAGCAGGAGCAAACAGCGCUCAACUGGUUGUCGCAUGGAGCAGCUCACAGAAUAAUGAUAUCGGUAGCCGGUAAGUAGGAAAGACGUUUCAACUUAUGAUAUCUACCAGUAAAUGCUAACUAAGGCAACAAUGGGUAUGCAAACCAGGUAUUGAAAAAGGUUGGUCCUUAGUCUUGUUAAGGAGGCUAUUUGCGAUGUGCAAUCCAGUCAUCAUGCGCUGUUUGCAUGAAUAUUUCUAAAGGCUUUCCCAAAAAACCUUUCCAAGUAGAUUUUGACUGCAAUGUAGGCCGACCUGACAGAAUUAUAUAAUGCUGAUUUGUAUCAAUGGGGAGGGCAUUUGUUUUACUCAAUUGAAUUAAAGGGCAACUACACCCUCCAGAUAUAUAUUUUUUUCGAUUUUUCCCAUACCUAAAAAAGGGUCGCCUGAUGUGGUUUAAGCGUUGUUGUGGACUUCGAACAUCACAUUUGUUGUGUUUUUUUUUAUUUUAAAAAGUUUGAUUUUGAGAGAGAAAAUCUGAAAUAGGAUUUUUCACACAGGGCGCCUUUCCUUCACACAGGACCCACUUCUCCCGGCACCACUACACCACUGCAUAGGGCCGAUGGAAAGACAGCAGUCCAUUCACUCUACAUAAUAAGCCAGUAGGUCCCAAUCAUAAGAAUACAAAAACACAACCAUUAGGCUAAGCAUUUCCCAACUAUUACCAUUACUUCCCAUUGCAAAAAACAUUUCACAUUUAGCACACAGAGUAACCGAUGAUCUAAAGUUUAAAUGCAACAAUGUUUCACACGCUUAAGUUAUUUUCAAAGUGAUGGCUAACAAUGGCAUGCGAGCUGCAAUAAAAAAACACAGUUCCACUCACCAGAUGAUUCUUGAAAAGGGAGAAGCUAACAAAUUAGCAACAACAUCCUCUUCGAUAACACCUGCUGCAGCUGCUGCAAAAUAGCCUACAGCAAAAGCUAGCUAGCUAGACUGUGGGAAAACUACUGCUCGCUAUUGCACCGUGACCUGUUGAACUCGACCUGUCGGCCAUUACAAGUCAAUGUGAUUGGUUGAUUCCACUGUCACUCCAAAAGUUUGCCCUAAUACAGUUGAAUGGCAGAUGCCUUCUAUCAAGCUUCUGAUGGCCUAGCCAAUGACUGAUUUAGCUAGUUAGAUGUAUCUUCCCAGAGACCACCAAAGAAAAAUCCUGAUUGGAUUUUAUUUUUUUCUCUUUUCUCUUUUCCUUUCUAACAAAAACUGAAGAGAUCAAAUCAGAACAUAAUUGAAAAGAAUAGUAUACCGUAUUUUCCGCACUAUAAGGCGCACCGGAUUAUAAGGCGCACCUUCAAUGAAUGGCCUAUUUUAGAACUGUUUUCAUAUAUAGGGCGCACCGGAUUAUAAGGCGCAUAGAAUAGAAGAUACUGCAGUCAAACGUUUGACUGGGGUUGCGUUAUGCAUCCACUAGAUGGAGCUGUGCUAAAGGGAAUGUCAACAAAACAGUCAGAUAAAGUCAAACUUUAUUAAGCGUUCUGAAAACAAUUUUGGGGUCUUUAUACACACACAAGUGGUGUGGGACUGUGAGUAAGCACAGUACCGGUGUUUACUGACUACGGUAGCCGUAAUGCUGCAAGCGGUGCGGCUUUGUAGUUUACCAGUCGUACUGAAACAUUUCAUUAUUAUUAAAUUGUUUUUAUUGUUUUUUCAUACUGAAACAUUUUGACAGAGCGCCUUGAGCGCCGUGUACAACCAGUAUGGAUCAACCAAUUAACCAAUUGAUCCAUAUAUAAGGCGCUCCGGAUUAUAAGGCGCACUGUCGUUUUUUGAGAAAAUUAAAGGCUUUUAAGUGCGCCUUAUAGUGCGGAAAAUACGGUAAAUUAUUAUUUGUAUUAUUUUAUAAAUCCUUUCUCUAAAAGUGUAGAAGGCCCUCAUUGUUCCCCACUGUGUUUGGGUUAGUAAACAUUUGCAGAGUGGCUCUAUUUGCCCUCAGCAUGCUUUUUUUCACCAUUCUGAAUGUCUAAAGAAUCCAUAUGUUCUUCUGAAAUAUGAACACAGAAAUACUGGACAUUUUGAACUCUUAUGGUGAUGAUUUGAAUUGGAAUCACAUUUUUCUGGUCUCGGUCUUGACUCGUUCUCGGACCUCUCGUGCCCCUCCCGGUCUUGACUCGGUCACGUCCCCCCUCCGAUCUUGGUCUUGACUCGGACUCGAUUCGCUCCGGUCUUAAAUUGGUCUCGCUUUAGGUGGUCUCGAACACAACACUUGUGCCUGGAAUGCUGGCAUUGAUGUGGGCCAUGACCAGCCUCUCAAAGCACUUCAUGAUGUCUGGGUGAGUGCGAUGGGACUAUAGUCAUUUGGGCAUAUCACCUUGGUUUACUUGGGCACUGGGACGAUGGUGGUCUCAUUGAAGCAAGUGGGGACUACAGCCUUGGACACGGAGAGGUUGAAGAUGUCUGAGAAGACGCCCGCCAGCUGGUCAGCACACACGGUGAGGAUGUAGCCAGGGAUCCCAUCUGGGCCACCCGGUCGCCUCACAUUCUCAACCACUAAAACGCUUAUAGCCUAGGCUGUUCUCUCAAUACGACAGCCACACUUCAGUUAGCUAACAGUAUGUACUCACACCCCUAGCUACUCCUCUGUACACACACACACACACACACAGAGAAUGACCAGUUACCUGGAGCUGGUUUCCUAGAGGCCAUACCUCCCCCUUUCACGUUAGGUGAAUAAUCUCCUCUAACUCCCGCAUAGACGCACCUGAGAUGUUAGUUUAUAGAAGAUAAACCUAUCAAUAGGAGGUGUAUCUAAAACUGUCAUCUAUUUAGUGAUGGUAAUGUGGAGGAGAAAUGGAGAGGCCCCUCACAGUCUAAACGAAGUAGGGUUGUUUCUCCACUGACUAGGCACAGCUGUCUGUCAUGUUGGCUGACUGUCUUGCCGGCUGUCUGUUAUGUUGGCUGAAUGUCUUACCGGCUGUUUGUCGGGCUGACUGACUGUUUUACAGGCCUUGCUGACCCGGAACCUGGCUGGCUGACCUUCUGCUUAACAGGUGUCUGGUCCAAAACAGUCUCAUGGUGUGGUUGGGGUCAACCUGGUUCAUAUCUGAGUCUAUUUACAAGCCUGUGGCUUGUGACUGUGGCCUGUGAGUUACGGGCCAGGAACCGGAACUGAAGCCGCCACAUAGAAUGUCUUAGUCUGUUUAAAGACAGAAUUACAGGCCUGUCACUGUGACUGGGCUGGAGACGCAGUGUUGCGCAUGUUACCAAACCCAUUACCCAUACAUAUUACAUUACCAAAACACAUUAUCAAGCAUAAUGUUAGUCUACAGUACUUACAACCUGAUUUACAAGCCUGCCACCAGACAACACAUUGCCAAACAGCACAUUACCCAUUCACAUUACAUUACCAAAACACAUGAUCAAACACCUUACUAAACACACUACCAAAUGCUUUUUUAUUAGGUGCAACUGUGAACAAUAGCCAUGUCAGACAUUAAAUACAACUAAUUGGCCAAUCUUAUUGUUCACUGCAGCUCAGGGAUAAAAUACACAUUACCAAACAGAUUACCACACUAAGCAUACAGGCCAUUAUUAGUAGACUUUAAGGCCUACGUGUUCAGUAAUGUGUUUUUCUCUGAGAGCUACAUUGUUAUUAUCAGCAUUAGGGGGCUGUUUGGUUUAGGAGCCCAAAAUAGCCCUUGUUACAACAACCAGCUAAGUGGUGCAACUAUAUUCAGUUCACGUCCUAAAUGGCACCCUAUUCUUUUAUAGGUCCUGGUCAAAAGUAGUGCACUUUAAAGGGAAUAGGGUGCCAUUUGGGAUGCAUACACAAUCGUCAAAUGGAUUGGAGUCAUUGAGCAACAUCAACACAUAAGGACUUUGUAUGGCCAUGCCCACAGACAGUAGAUAAUGGUUUAUUUAUGUUAUGUGGGAGGUGUAGGAGUUGUGUAGAUUAUUGCAUGAUUGCGUUUUCAAAUGGCACCCUAUUCCCUAUAUAGUGGACUACUUUUGAUCAGAACCCUAUGGGCCCAGAUUAAAAGUAGUGCACUAUAUAAGGAAUAGGGUACAUUUGCGACGCACAACAUAUGUAUCACACCACUUAACUUAGUAACUAGGAUAUUCACUCAGAGGGAAUGCAGAGAGACACCCGCUAGGUUGUACACAAUAGGCCUUUUUCAUAGCUGUACGGGCCCCCCUCUCUUGCGCUCCCUCUCUUCCUCUGUUUCUCUCUCUUUGUUACUCUGUUUGCUCCCUCGCCCCCAUUUGUCUUGUGGUCAGCUUGAUCUUACAACUGUCUUCUUUGUUUUCUCAACCAUGUGUUUGUCCUUCAUGUACGUUAUCACGUCGUGUACUGCCAGUUUGUUUGCUUUGCUGGAGAAAAGUGUCAAUAUUUUCAUAGCUUAGUAGUUUUUGUAAACCACAUAUAGUAUCCAUUUCGUGUGCAUCGAAUAGCUGGCCAGCGUACUGUGAGAUUUGAUUCUGGGUUCUGAGAAUACAUAUUUAUCAAUGAGAUUCCCUCUCCAUUGUCAGCAGUAAUAGUAUUAAAUGCUGGUAUGUUAAGCAGUCUUUAGAAUGAAUGGAGGAUUAUGUCUUAUUCAUGCAGCCCCAGAGCAUCUAUUCUACCGCCUUUCAUAUUGUAGAGAGCAGAUGUUUGUGUGUGUGCGCGCGCGUGUUGGGGCUGCCGUGAUAAUUAUGAUAAUUGACCCCAGUGACCUUUGCUGACCCCAGAUUGUCUGACCUGACUCUGGUAAACACAAUAGAUGCACUAGGGGAGAGCCCAGAAUGAAUAUCUCUACGGGGAGUGCUGCUGGUUCAGUGGAGAGAGAAUGUGGAGGUAGACAGACGGCCAGACAGACACAGAUGACAAGCAGUGACACAGGGUGGUGCUCUGAUUAUACACAGUGACACUAUGACAGAUGCAGUCAGACGGUUACCAACGGAAACGACACACACACACAAUCACAAACACAUUGUAAGGGAGUUAGAUGCAGAGAUAAUGUAGAGAGACCUAGACAGACCUAAGGACACAUCCACUAACACCCAGAGUCCCAGACAUAGAAAGACACUCACACAUAGAGCCAGUCAGACAGCGAUGCAGUACAGAGUCUAGGAGAGGAGCGGAGAGGCAGUCCCAAGUUGAGGAUAUUAUUUUUAGCCUUGACAAUGAAGCAGCAGUCUUAUUGCUGAUGCUGAGAGAGAGAGGGAGAGUUAACGAGGUAAACUUCAUUACAAUUAGAUUACAGUGCAUUCGGAAAGUAUUCAGACCUUGACUUUUUCCACAUUUUGUUACAUUACAGCCUUAAUCUAAAAUGGAUUAAAUUGUUUUGUUUUCCUCAUCAAUCUACACAAAAUACCCCAUAAUGACAAACCAAAAACAGGUUUUUAGAAAUGUUUGCAAAUGUAUUAAAAAUAAAAAACUGAAAUAUCAUAUUUACAUAAGUAUUCAGACCCUUUACUCUGUACUUUGUUGAAGCACCUUUGGCAGUGAUUAUAGCCUCAAAUCUUAUUGGGUAUGACGCUACAAGUUUGGCACACCUGUAUUUGGGGAGUUUCUCCCAUUCUUCUCUGCAAAUCCUCUCAAGCUCUGUCAUGUAGGAUGGGGAGCGACACUGCACAGCUAUUUUCAGGUCUCUCCAGAGAUGUUCGAUUGGGUUCAAGUCCGGGCUCUGGCUGGGCCACUCAAGGAUAUUCAGAGACUUGUACCGAAGCCACUCCUGCGUUGUCUUGGCUGUGUGCUUAGGGUCGUUGUCCUGUUGGAAGAUUAACCUUCGCCCCAGUCUGAGGUCCUGAGCCCUCUGGAGCAGGUUUUCAUCAAGGAUCUCUCUGUACUUUGCUCCGUUCAUCUUUCCCUCAAUCCUGACUUGUCUCCCAGUCCCUGCUGCUGAAAAACAUCCCCACAGCAUGAUGCUGCCACCACCAUUCUUCACCGUAGGGAUGGUGCCAGGUUUCCUCCAGAUGUGACACUUGGCAUUCAGGCCAAAGAGUUUAAUCUUGUUUCAUCAGACCAGAGAAUCUUGUUUCUCAUGGUCUGAGAGUCCUUUAGGUGCCUUUUGGCAAACUCCAAGCGGGCUGUCAUGUGCCUUUUACUGAGGAGUGGCUUCAGUCUGGCCACUCUACCAUAAAGGCCUGAUUGGUGGAGUGCUGCAGAGAUGGUUGUCCUUCUGGAAGGUUCUCCCAUCUCCACAGAGGAACUCUGAAGCUCUGUCAGAGUGACCAUCGGGUUCUUGGUCACCUCCCUGACCAAGGCCCUUCUCCCCCGAUUGCUCAGUUUUGUACAGCGGGUGAGCUCUAGGAAGAGUCUUGGUGGUUCCAAACUUCUUCCGUUUAAGAAUGCUGGAGGCCACUGUGUUCUUGGGGACCUUCAAUGCUGCAGAAUUUUUUUGGUACCCUUCCCCAGAUCUGUGCAUGGACACAAUCUUGUCUCGGAGCUCUACAGACAAUUCCUUCGACUUCAUGGCUUGGUUUUUGCUCUGACAUGCUCUGUCAUCUGUGGGACCUUAUAUAGACAGGUGUGUGCCUUUCCAAAUCAUGUCCAAUCAAUUGAAUUUACCAUAGGUGGACUCCAAUCAAGUUUUAGAAACAUCUGAAGGAUGAUCAAUGGAAACAGGAUGCACCUGCGCUCAAUUUCGAGUCUCAUAGCAAAGGGUCUGAAUUCUUAUGUAAAUAAGGUAUUUCUGUUUUUUUAUUUUUUUAACCAAAAUGUCUAAAAACCUGUUUUCACUUUGUCAUUAUUGGGUAUUGUGUAUAUAUUGAUGAGGGGAGAAAAUGCACUGUAUUAACAAUGAAAUGGUGGUCCUCUGUAGCUCAGUUGGUAGAGCAUGGUGCUUACAACGGCAGGAUAACAGGUUCGAUUCCUUGGACCACCCAUAUGUACAAAUGUAUGCACGCAUGACUGUAAGUCGGUUUGGCUAAAAACAUCAGAAUGUCUUUGUUUGUUUUCAUGAACCUGACAGGUGCUAGCUAGAGGAUGGUAGUUGUUAUCAUGAACCUGAGAGGUGCUAGCUAGGGGAUGGUAGUUGUUAUCAUGAACUUGACAGUUGCUAGCUAGGGAAUGGUAGUUGUUAUCAUGAACCUGACAGGUGCUAGCUAUGGGAUGGUAGUUGUUAUCAUGAACCUGAGAGGUGCUAGCUAGGGGAUGGUAGUUGUUAUCAUGAACCUGACAGGUGCUAGCUAGGGGAUGGUAGUUGUUAUCAUGAACUUGACAGGUGCUAGCUAGAGGAUAGUAGUUGUUAUCAUGAACUUGACAGGUGCUAGCUAGGGGAUGGUAGUUGUUAUCAUGAACUUGACAGGUGCUAGCUAGGGGAUGGUAGUUGUUAUCGUAAACUUGACAGGUGCUAGCUAAGGGAUAGUAGUUGUUAUCAUGAACUUGACAGGUGCUAGCUAAGGGAUAGUAGUUGUUAUCAUGAACUUGACUAGCUAAGGGAUUUUUUUUGUAGUUUCUUUCUUUGUUUUGCAAUAUGGCCAUCAUGCCUUGUCACCGCUUGUUGCAAUUGUCACGUCUGCGGUUUCACCGCCUCAGGUCAUGACCUUUGGUUGUUGUCCUAUUCAAACUAAAGGGUGACAUUGAAUGAUGCCUAAGAGACCACAAGUGACAAGGUCAACUGAGGUCAAUGACCACAAAAAAAACACAAUGCUUUAUUUGUUCUUUUAACGAUGACAAUUGUUAGGACAGCUGCCAUUUGUGAAAUGGCUAAUGGGCCCAUAUGCUUCAACAUUAAGUUAUUGAUAUCAUACAUAAAAGUGUCCUGUCAUCCUAUCAUACAUGAAUGUAAAAUCAUUCAGCAGUUCCUAAUAGUAUAAAAACAUGUGGAAUGGUUUUGACUUAGAGAAGUGUUUGAGUCUUUGAUUUCUCCUGGGUUGCUCUCAAAUUCAUGAAAUGAAUAUGUAUUGCAUAGCAUAUUUAAUGUGCUGUAUGUUUUCUAACUGCAUACCUGCAUCACCAUUUCUCAUCAAGUAGCUGAAUAUAUCCAAAGUGCUUAUUUACCAAUAGCCAACAGAGGACCCAGUCAGUAGUCUGCUGUGUGUGUGCUGUGUAUGUGUGUGUGUGUGUGUGUGUGUGUGUGUGUGUGUGUGUGUGUGUGUGUGUGUGUGUGUGUGUGUGUGUGUGUGCUGUGUAUGUAUGUGUGUGUGUGUGUGUGUGUGCUGUGUAUGUGUGUGUGUGUGUGUGUGUGUGUGUGUGUGUGUGUGUGUGUGUGUGUGUGUGUGUGUGUGUGUGUGUGUGUGUGUGUGUGUUUCCACCGUGAGUGUGGCUGUCUGCGUGCGUGUGUGCACGCAUGCAUGUGUGUGUAUGUAUACUUCUGUAUGUAUGUGUGCAUCUGUGUGUGUGUGUGUGUGUGUGUGUCCCAAUGAUUUACUGCCAGUGAAUGAAUUUCUGCAGCAUCCGCCAUACUCGGCCCAAUAGCAGCGUGGCAGAUGCAGCUGAAUGAGUUGUAUGGGCUGAGGUGGGGUGUUGGCUCUCAACUGAUGCAGAUGAAACUACAUUUCGCUACCGCCAUCUAGUGGACGUAGGUGUGUAAUUAAAAUAAACAUGGUUGCUUGGUAGUGUAAAGAGGGCUGACUGAUUGGUAUAGUGCUCCAGUACUGACUCUGUUGUUGACAGUACUGUUUCCUGAUUGGUAUAGUGCUCCAGUACUGACUCUGUUGUUGACAGUAUUGUUUCCUGAUUGGUAUAGUGCUCCAGUACUGACUCUGUUGUUGACAGUACUGUUUCCUGAUUGGUAUAGUGCUCCAGUACUGACUCUGUUGUUGACAGUACUGUUUCCUGAUUGGUAUAGUGCUCCAGUACUGACUCUGUUGUUGACAGUACUGUUUCCUGAUUGGUAUAGUGCUCCAGUACUGACUCUGUUGUUGACAGUACUGUUUCCUGAUUGGUAUAGUGCUCCAGUACUGACUCUGUUGUUGACAGUACUGUUUCCUGAUUGGUAUAGUGCUCCAGUACUGACUCUGUUGUUGACAGUACUGUUUCCUAAAAGCAUGCUCCCCAUAAUCUCAGGUUUAGAAUAUGCAUCGUCUCCUGAAAGCAUGCUUCUUGUCAUAGGUUUAAGGUUCAGUGCAUGGUGAUGGAGGAAUGUCUAAAAGUGUGAACCUAUGCCACUUGAAAACAGACCUAAGCACUUUAAAUCCAUCGUUUUUUUGUACAACAUUAGAAGUGUAGCACUGAAUGUUGUCUAGGCUGUGGGUAUGUUCUUACUGAUGAAGACAUUUGGGGUCGAAACAUAGGCCUGCUGGAGCAUUCAACAGUGUGCAGGUAUCAAUCUUUCUAACUUGAUCUCACAACCGAGCGCUCUCACUGAUGUCUAACCUGUGUGUGUGUAUUCCUGUAUGUCUACAGGACCGUAAGCUGACCAAGGCGGAGCAGCAGCGUUUUAAGGAGGAGGCAGAGAUGCUGAAGGGGCUCCAGCAUCCUAACAUCGUCCGUUUCUAUGACUCCUGGGAGUCAGUGCUGCGAGGGAAGAAGUGCAUCGUCCUGGUCACCGAACUCAUGACCUCGGGGACACUCAAAACGUGGGUCGAAGACAAACACACACAGACCGACACACACACACACACCCCUGCUCAGCGCCAAAUAGGGUUACACCAAAGAGAUGACAGCUCACUCUAACUUCUUGUAAAUUGUUACCAGUGAGUUGGCUAAUCAGGGUGCAUUCAUGCGGAUGUUGAUAUUCACCCUGUAGAAAUAGGGUCUCACUUUAAACAAAGUAUAUCUCAUAAAGUUUAAUGAAGCCUCCAUAAGCCCUAUAUAGAAGCAUCACAAAUCACUUAUAACCAAGUGUGACCGACCGCCUCGAUUCGGUCUUAUGUAGCAAAAUUUGAAAUUCAGUUUUUUUCACAUUGGAUAAAAGUAGAGACUCAGAGCUCCAAAAUGGUAUAUCAUACACUGCAGUUGAGGAACAAUGGGAAAGUAAUUCUGCUUUGAAAGUUGAUAAACUUGUAACCCCACUUUUGAGGAAAUGGCCCUUGAAUGUUUUGGUACACCUACUGGAGAGCUCUUCUUUGUCUACACCUAUUCAGCAUCGCUCACACCCUCUUAAGCCUUAGCCCCACCCAUCUCUUUAAGGAUUCACAUGUGAGGCCAUGUGCUAAACAGAGUGAGUAAGGUAGUGUAGUAAAGAACCAAAGAUAUCAAGACUAAAAGUGGUGAAAGUAGUAGCCUACAAUAAGGAAAAACUCCAGGUAAAAAUACAAUUUAUCUAGUCUUUGGCCUAUAUCCUAAUCUGACUUUGGUGCAGGUCAUGUUGUUCUUCACAUUACCGUCUCUGGUAAACACACACUAUAUCAAAUAAAAUCAAAGUUGAUUUGUAACAUGGACAGAAUACAGAAGGUGUAAACGGUACAAUGAAAUGGUUACUUGCAUAUUUGCAUAGUAGCGAUAUCAAAAAUAUAAAUUUAAUGUCUGGGUAAUGACACUUACCCAGACACACUUGUCUAAAUUGAUGGGUCAUGUGAAAGAAAGCUCUAUCCACCCCCCAUAGAAAUGGUGCCCCUAUAGAAAUGCCCUCCAGAUGCUUCCUCAAGCUGAGUCAACAUCCUCUAAGACACCAUUUGCAAACGUCAGCAAAGUCAUAAAUUGUUUAGACACUACACCACCAUUCAUGAAAUGCUGUAGUAUGAAUCUGCAGGUAGCUAAAGCUAACCAACUAGGUUCAGUGUUAGCUAGCUAGCUAACAUUAGGCUAUAACUAGCAGUGCAAGUGGCUUUCUGAGAUACUAAUAAUAUUACUACACAGAUCAUACACGUAACAUUAGCUAGCUCGCUAGCUAACAGUACGCUUUAACGUGCAAUGAAAACGACUUUCUGACAAAAUUAGAAACGUAUAAUAUCUGAAAAUGUAGCUAGACUCUUACCCGUAUACAUGGAUGAAUGCUUCACGGCAGCAUGUCUUUUCUGUUUUGUUUGUAGCUAGCUACAGCUUGUUUGGCCCGUUGUGUCAAGUCACUCCGGUUCACACUGACCGUGUGCCGAAAGUAGUCACAACUUUUUCCCACUGAUCUUUGUUGAUAGUGCCUGCAAAAUUCAGGGCAGCAAUGUUCUUGAAAGCAGUAGCAACACUUGCAGUUCUCCAUGGCUAACAUUAUAUAUUUUUUUUAAACGUGGUAGCAAGGAUUAUCUACACAUACUGAGCAGCUCAUGUUAUAGACAGAAGCUAGCUACAUGGCAGACCAAUCCAAACUCAUCUCUCGGCAUGUCCAGCCCAUCCAUUAUCUUAACCAACUAGGUUUGCAAUUUAACAAUUGUAUUUGUAUUUACAGAUGGCGUACAAGCUUGUUAUUAAGGCACAUGAAAGUUCACAUGUUCCAGAGGGCAUUUCUGCCAAAUAAAAACGUAUUUUGCUAAAAAAAAAUAUAAUAAUCUUUCAAAUGCCUCUCCUGUGAAGUAGUGACGUGCGACAUACGCCUAGCUUCUUGAAAUGUCUCACAAAUGUGGUCAUACACUUGUUCCUCUGUCUAUAUAAACCAUAAUCAUUAUACUGUUGACCUUAGUUAUAACCGUCCUGUCCUUUCCUGUCUUCCCGUCUCCUGUCCUCUCCUGUCCUGUCCUCUCCUGUCCUGUCCUGUCCUCUCCUGUCCUGUCCUCUCCUGUCCUGUCUGCAGGUAUCUGAAGCGCUUCAAGGUGAUGAAGCCUAAGGUCCUGAGGAGCUGGUGUCGUCAGAUCCUGAAGGGCCUCCAGUUCCUCCACACCCGGACCCCUCCCAUCAUUCACAGGGACCUGAAGUGUGACAACAUCUUCAUCACCGGCCCCACCGGCUCCGUCAAGAUUGGAGACCUGGGACUGGCCACUCUCAUGAGGACCUCCUUUGCUAAGAGUGUCAUAGGUAACCAACGAACAUCAGUUUCAGGAGGCAUUUAUCAAUUGUUGUCUUAUGUUAUGUUGGGGCGGCAGGUAGCUUAGUGGUUAAGAGCGUUGUGCCAGUAACCGAAAGGUUGCUGGUUCUAAUCCCUGAGCCGACUAGGUGAAAAAUCUGUCGAUGUGCCCUUGAGCAAGGCACUUAACUUAAUUGCUCCUGUAAGUCGCUCUGGAUAAGAGCGUCUGCUAAAUGACUAAAAUGUUGUGGGAACGGUAUUGAGAUUUAGAAUUGGUCAUAGGUAUGUCAGAGCUCUUGUAAGUAAGAUUUCUGAUGUAUUUAUUACAAAUGGCAAUUAAUCUUGAACUAGCGCUAAUGGACCUCUCUGUUGUGCAAAUGCAUUUUAGAAUCUGUGGUCACUCUGCAACAUUAUGAAUAUUUUAUAAGCUGCCCCAACUCUCCAAAAAGGCAGUAUCAGCUGUGUACAGUCUCUGCUGUGAUUAUUCUUGCCCUUAGGCCAAGCUCUAGUGCACUAACUGCCACUCAAAGGGAAUGUUAAAGGGAUUUUGGCAAUGAGGCCCUUUAUCAACUUCACCGGAGUCAGAUGAACUAGUGGUUACCAUUUUUAUGUCUCUGUGUCCAGUAUGAAGGAAGUUAGAGGUAGUUUCACGAGCCAAUGCUAACUAGCAUUAGCGUAAUGACUGGAAGUCUAUGGGUAUCUGCUAGCAUGCAAAAAACUCAUUUACAAUUCACACAUGUAUAUUACACAUGUACAUGUGUGAAAUUUGACAAAUAUAAGUACCCAACAAAUAUAAGUAGCCAACAAAUUAUUAUUCAUCAGGUUAUUAACCUUUUCAGUUGGCUCUGCUGUCCUGUCUUCCAGGUACUCCUGAGUUCAUGGCUCCGGAGAUGUACGAGGAGCAUUAUGACGAGUCAGUGGACGUCUAUGCCUUUGGGAUGUGCAUGUUGGAGAUGGCCACCUCAGAAUACCCCUACUCAGAGUGCCAGAAUGCUGCGCAGAUCUACCGUAAAGUCACCAGCGUAAGUCUGGGUUCCUGGGACUGCAGUCUUCCUGGUUGGCCUAGUCUUUCCCUACUUCAGCUUGAUUUUCUCUCCAAUCUCCCUCAUAUUCAGUAAAUGAUUAUACACUAUACAUACAAAUUAGUGGAUUCGGCUAUUUCAGCCACACCCAUUGCUGACAGGUGUAUAAAAUUGAGCACACAGCCAUGCAAUGUCCAUAGACAAACAUUGGCAAUAGAAUGGCCUUACUGAAGAGCUCAGUGACUUUCAACGUGGCACCAUCAUAAGAUGCCACCUUUCCAACAAGUCAGUUCGUAAGAUUUCUGCCCUGCUAGAGCUGCCCCGGUCAACUGUAAGUGCUGUUAUUGUGAAGUGGAAACAUCUAAGAGCAACAACGGCUAAGCCGCGAAGAUGUAGGCCACACAAGCUCACAGAAUGGGACCACCGAGUGCUGAAGCGUGUAGCGCGUAAAAAUAAUCUGUUCUCGGUUGCAACAUUCACUGCCGAAUUCCAAACUGCCUCUGGAAGCAACGUCAACACAAUAACGGUUCGUUGGGAGCUUCAUGAAAUGGGAUUCCAUGGCCAAGCGUCGGUUGGAGUGGUGUAAAGCUCGCCGCCAUUGGACUUUGGAGCAGUGGAAACGCGUUCUCUGGAGUGAUGAAUCACGCUUCACCAUCUGGUAGUCCGACGGACAAAUCUGGGUUUGGUGGAUGCCAGGAGAACGCUACCUGCCCCAAUGCAUAGUGCCAACUGUUACGUUUGGUGGAGGAGGAAUAAUGUUCUGGGGCUGUUUUCAUGGUUUGGGCUAGGCCCUUUAGUUCCAGUGAAGGGAAAUCUUAACGCUACAGCAUACAAUGACAUUCUAGACAAUUCUGUGCUUCCAACUUUGUGGCAACAGUUUGGGGAAGGCCCUAUCCAGCUUCAGCAUGACAAUGCCCCCUUGCACAAAGCGAGGUCCAUACAGAAAUGGUUUGUUGAGAUUGGUGUGGAAGAACUUGACUGGCCUGCACAGAGCCCUGACCUCAACCCCAUCGAACACCUUUGGGAUGAACUGGAACACCGACUGCAAGCCAGGCCUAAUCGCCCAACAUCAGUGCCCGACCUCACUAAUGCUCUUGUGGCUGAAUGGAAGCAAGUCCCUGCAGAAAUGUUUCAACAUCUAGUGGAAAGCCUUCCCAGAAGAGUGGAGGCUGUUAUAGCAGCAAAGGGGGGACCAACUCCAUAUUAAUGCCCAUGAUUUUGGAAUGAGACGUUCAACGAGCAGGUGUCCCCAUACUUUUGGUCAUGUAGUGUAUAUCUUUGACAGUACAUUAACUGUAGUCAGGGUUUCUUCAUUAUGCUUCAUGAUUAAAAUUCUGAAGCACAGUAGUCCCAUCUAAAGUAUAUUACUGUCCAUGUAGGACAGAGUAGUCUCAUCAUCUAAGGUAUAUUACUGUCACGCCCUGGCUCUGGGGACAAUGUUAUGUUGAGCCAGGGUGUGUAAUUCUAUGUUUGAUUUUGACUCCCAAUCAGAGGCAACGAGUGUCAGCUGGGUGUCUCUGAUUGGGAGCCAUAUUUAACUGUCUGUCUUUCACGUUGUGUUUGUGGUUUCUUGUUCGUGUUGGUGUGUGUUUAACCAUAGACGUCACGUUUUUCGUUUGUUGUUUUGAUCGUGUGAUCAUUUAAUAAAUAUAAUAUGUUCACCCGCAACGCUGCGCCUUGGUCUCUCCAUGACGAUCGUGACAGAAGAAACCACCUAAACCAGACCAAGCAGCGUGUCCAGGAGCCAUCGCUGGCAGAUCUCCGUGGCAGCCUCGACUGGGUCAAGCCUAGUGAGGAGCAGAGAGGGUGGACUUGGGACCAGUUGAGGAGGAGCUUCGACUGGGUCAAGCCCAUUGAGGAGCUGAAUGGCGAGAGUUGGAGACAGAGGAGCGAGAGUUGGGCGAGAACGAUGGAGGCCUGGCCCACGGGGAGGAGAGACCCCCAGAAAAUUUUUAGGGGGGGGCUCACGACGUCGGGGCAGCAGGAGGCCGCGAUAGAGCGGUCCAGCUGGUUGGCAGAGGAGGCCGCCAGGUUACGGGAGUCACUGGUCACCAGGGGGAAGGAGGUUGUAGAGGCACGGCGAGAGGUACUGGCGUGUGUUGCCAGUCCGGUCCGGCCUGUUCCUGAUCCUCAAGUAGGGCCAGUGGUGUGUGUUCCCAGUACGGUCCGGCCUGUUCCUGCCACUCCCACCAAGUCAGUGGUGCGUUUCGUCAGCCCGGCGCGGCCCAUUCCUGCUCCCCGCCCCAAGUCAGUGGUGCGCGUCGUCAGCCCGGUCCGGCCCAUUCCUGCUCCCCGCACCAAGUCAGUGGUGCGCGUCGUCAGCCCGGUCCGGCCCAUUCCUGCUCCCCGCACCAAGUCAGUGGUGCGCGUCGUCAGCCCGGUCUGGCCCAUUCCUGCUCCCCGCACCAAGUCAGUGGUGCGCGUCGUCAGCCCGGUCCGGCCCAUUCCUGCUCCCCGCACCAAGUCAGUGGUGCGCGUCGUCAGCCCGGUCCGGCCCAUUCCUGCUCCCCGCACCAAGUCAGUGGUGCGCGUCGUCAGCCCGGACCGGCCCAUUCCUGCUCCCCGCACCAAGGCAGUGGUGCGCUUCGUCAGCCCAGCUCGGCCCGUUCCUGCUCCCCGCACCAAGUCAGUGGUGUGCUUCGUCAGCCCAGUCCGGCCUGUCCCUGCUCCACGCACCAAGCCUACGGUGUGCGUCGUCAGCCUGGUAAGGCCCGUUCCUCCUCCACGCACCAAGCCAGGGGUGCGCGUCGUCAGUCCAGCACAACCCGUGCCUGGGUCAUGUCCGGAGCCGGAUCCGCCGCCUAGGCGGAGUGCCCACCCGGUCCCUCCCCUGUGGGAUUUAGUUGGCGCGGUCGGAGUCCGCGCCUUUAGGGGGGGGUACUGUCACGCCCUGGCUCUGGGGACAAUGUUAUGUUGAGCCAGGGUGUGUAAUUCUAUGUUUGAUUUUUCUAUGUUGGUCUGAGUGACUCCCAAUCAGAGGCAACGAGUGUCAGCUGGGUGUCUCUGAUUGGGAGCCAUAUUUAACUGUCUGUCUUUCACGUUGUGUUUGUGGUUUCUUGUUCGUGUUGGUGUGUGUUUAACCAUAGACGUCACGUUUUUCGUUUGUUGUUUUGAUCGUGUGAUCAUUUAAUAAAUAUAAUAUGUUCACCCGCAACGCUGCGCCUUGGUCUCUCCAUGACGAUCGUGACAAUUACUGUCCAUGUAGGACAGAGUAGUCUCAUCAUCUAAGGUAUAUUACUGUCCAUGUAGGACAGAGUAGUCCCAUCAUCUAGGUAUAUUACUGUCCAUGUAGGACAGAGUAGUCCCAUCAUCUAGGUAUAUUACUGUCCAUGUAGGACAGAGUAGUCCCAUCAUCUAAGGUAUAUUACUGUCCGUGUAGGACAGAGUAGUCCCAUCUAAGGUAUAUUACUGUCUGUGUAGGACAGAGUAGUCCCAUCAUCUAAGGUACAUUACUGUCCACGUAGGACAGAGUAGUCCCAUCAUCUAGGUAUAUUACUGUCCAUGUAGGACAGAGUAGUCCCAUCAUCUAGGUAUAUUACUGUCCAUGUAGGACAGAGUAGUCCCAUCAUCUAAGGUAUAUUACUGUCCGUGUAGGACAGAGUAGUCCCAUCAUCUAAGGUAUAUUACUGUCCGUGUAGGACGGAGUAGUCCCAUCUAAGGUAUAUUACUGUCUGUGUAGGACAGAGUAGUCCCAUCAUCUAGGUAUAUUACUGUCCAUGUAGGACAGAGUAGUCCCAUCAUCUAGGUAUAUUACUGUCCGUGUAGGACAGAGUAGUCCCAUCAUCUAAAGUAUUGUCUGUUCUAUCACCUCACCUGCCCCCCCCCCACCUCCCUCCAUCUCCCCCCCCCCCCUCUCUCUCUACUCUCUCUGUAUACAGGGUAUAAAACCAGCCAGCUUCGAUAAAGUUAACGACCCAGAGAUUAAAGAGAUCAUCGAGUGCUGCAUCCGCCAGGACAAGAGUCAGAGGCAAGCAGUUUUACCCCCCCCCCCCCUCUCUCUCUCUCUCUCUCUGUCUCUCUCUGUUUCUCUAUCUCUCUCUGUCUCUCUUUCUCCCUCUCAUAAUAAGGACGAGUGCUUCUAAAAAAAAACUUCAUUCGGUGGACUGUGUAGUGGUUAGUGCCGCUGAUCCCGGCACACAUACCAGAGUGGGCACGGGUUCAACUCCAGCCCACUGCCCUUCUGACUCGCCCUUCUCCUACCGUUCCUGUCAUCUCUUCUUCACUGUCUUAUCCAAUAAAAGGAAAGAAGUGGGAAUUUGUUCCUUGCUUGAUGUGUUCUCUCUCUCUGCAGGCUGUCCAUCCGGGACCUGUUGACCCACGCCUUCUUCGGGGAAGAGACGGGGGUGCGCGUGGAGCUGGCGGAGGAGGACACAGGGUAUCAGGAGUGUCUGGCCCUCAGGAUCUGGGUGGAAGAUCCCAAGAAGCUGAAGGGCAAACACAAAGACAACGAGGCCAUUGAGUUCAGUUAUGACCUGGAGAAUGACAGCGCAGAAGAGGUGGCUCUGGAGAUGGUGAGACAUUGAUACCCUUUUCACACUAUGGUACUGACCCGAAAUGUACUCUGCGGGUUAUGUUCUUUUUAGAUUGUCCUUUCUAGCAUGGCCCCAGGCCAGCGCAGUACAGGUAAAGGUAAAGGUCAGCUCAGCUCAUUAGUGUGAAAAUUAUAUGAGAGAGAGCAGCACAGGUGGGAUCAGGAAUAACUAGGCCCUCUCAGAGAACUACAGGGAAGGUGGGGUCUGGAGUUGCUUUGAUGUAUUGCAAAGUCCACAGCUCAUUAAUCAAGCUUUCCUUGCUUGUCGCUACCUCUAACCUACAUUCCCUUGCCAUGCUCUCUCUCUCUCUCUCUCUCUCUUUCUCUCUCUCUCUCUCUCUCUCUCUCUCUCUCUCUCUCUCUCUCUCUCUCUCUCUCUCUCUCUCUCUCUCUCUCUCUCGCUCUCUCUCUCUCUCCCCUCCUCGCCAGGUGAAGUCGGGCUUCUUCCAUGAGAGCGAUGCUAAAGUGGUGGGAAAAUCCAUCCGCGACCGUGUCACGCUCAUCAAGAAGUCCCGUGAGAGACGCCAGCAGCAGCUGCUCCAACAGCAGCAAGGCUUUAAUGAGAGGCGGGACUCCACCCUCACCUCCUCCUACACCUGCUCUUACUCCUCCUGCACCUCCUCCCUGGGGCCUGGGGUGGCUGGGCUGACAGGGGGAGGCAGGGGGCAGGGGGAGGCUGAGGAGAUACCAGAGGUAGAUCAGCAUGUGAGACAACAGCAGCAGAUCCACAGUGGGAAUCCUCUGAGCCUGCCCACAGGUACUGUAUGACUCUAUCAGAGGCUUGUCAGAUAGGUUCUUACUGUACAAUACAUAUACACUGAGUGUACGAAACAUUAAGAACACGUUCCUAAUAUUGCCAGCAAAAAAAAUACGAGCUCCGACUGGGAAAAUCGAUUUGAACGGUCAUCCAACUCGGAAUUCCAACUUGGGAACUCGGGCCUCUUUCUAGAGCUCCGACUUUCCGACCUGAAAAUCACUGACGUCAUGAUUUGACCUCAUAUCUUUCAGAGUUCCCAGUUGUUUUGAACGCGGCAUUAGUGUAUAUACAGUACCUACCUCCGUAACAACAUCAUGCAAAGUACAGUACCAGCCAAAAGUUUGGACACACCUACUCAUUCAAGGGUUUUUCUUUAUUUUUACUAUUUUCUACAUUGUAGAAUAAUAGUGAAGACGUCAAAACUAUGAAAUAACACAUUUGGAAUCAUGUAGAAACCAAAAAAGUGUUAAACAAAUCAAAAUAUAUUUUAUAUUUGAGAUUCUUCAAAUAGCUACCCUUUGCCUUGAUGACAGCUUGGCACACUCUUGGCAUUCUGUCAACCAGAUUCACCUGGAACGCUUUUCCAACAGUCUUGAAGGAGUUCCCACAUAUGCUGAGCACUUGUUGGCUGCUUUUCCUUCACUCUGCAGUCCUACUCAUUUCAAACCAUCUCAAUUGGGUUGAGGUCAGGGGGUUGUGGAGGCCAGGUCAUCUGAUGCAGUACUCCAUCACUCUUCUUCUUGGUCAAAUAGCCCUUACACAGCCUGGAGGUGUGUUGGGUCAUUGUCCUGUUGAAAACAAAUGAUAGUCCCACUAAGCCCAAACCAGAUGAGAUGGCGUAUCGCUGCAGAAUGCUGUGGUAGCGAUGCUGGUUAAAUCACAGACAGUGUCACCAGCAAAGCACCCCCACUCCAUAACACCUCCUCCAUAAUUUAUGGUGGGAACUACAAAUGCGUAGAUCAUCCGUUCACCCACACCGCGUCUCACAAAGACACGGCGGUUUGAACCAAAAAUCUCAAAUUUGGACUACAGACCAAAGGACACAUUUCCACCGGUCUAAUGUCCAUUGCUCGUGUUUCUUGGACCAAGCAGGUCUCUUCUUCUAAUUGUUGUCCUUUAGUAGUGGUUUCUUUGCAGCAAUUCGACCAUGAAGGCCAGAUUCACACAGAAUUGUUGAUGUUGAGAUGUGUCUGUGACUUGAACUCUGUGAAGCAUUCAUUUGGGCUGUAAUUUCGGAGGCUGGUAACUCUAAUGAACUUAUCCUCUGCUGCAGAGGUAACUCUGGGUCUUCCAUUCCUGUGGCGGUCCUCAUGAGAGCCAGUUUCAUCAAAGCGCUUGAUGGUUUUUGCGACUACACUUGAAGAAACUUUCAAAGUUCUUUAACUUUUCCGGAUUCACUGACCUUCAUGUCUUAAAGUAAUGAUGGACUGUCGUUUCUCUUUGAUUAUUUGAGCUGUUCUUGCCAUAAUAUGGACUUGGUAUUUUACCAAAUAGGGCUAUCUUCUGUAUACCCCCCACCUCGUCACAACACAACUAAUUGGCUCAAACGCAUUAAGAAGGAAUGAAAUUCCACAAAUUAACUUUUAAGAAGGCACACCUGUUAAUUGAAAUGCAUUCCAGGUGACUACCUCAUGAAGCUGGUUGAGAGAAUGCCAAGAGUGUGCAAAGCUGUCAUCAAGGCAAAGGGUGGCUAUUUGAAGAAUCUCAAAUAUAAAAUACUUUUUUGGUAACUACAUGAUUCCAUAUGUGCUAUUUCAUAGUUUUGAUGUCUUCACUAUUGUUCUACAAUGUAGAAAAUAGUAAAAAGAAAGAAAAACCCUUGAACGAGUAGGUGUGUCCAAACUUUUGACUGGGACUGUAUAUUGAACAUGAAACAGAUACACAUAUUUUUGGAUUGUGGACAGAAUGAUACCAGUAUAAAAAAUGUGAAUGAAAUAAUUUCAAUAUCCCCAAAAUGUAUUGUUUUAUACCUCCCGUUGUGUUUACUUCAGGAGGGGAGAGCAUUGGCUCAGCCAGCUGUCAGUCCUAUGCCAGUGGCCAGAUCCAGGCGUACCCUCAGCAAGGGGAGUCCUACGUGCUCUCUCAACCCAACCUCCCUGCUGCUGCCUCGGCAAGUCUAUGGCUGCAUCUCAAAUGACACCCUAUUCCCUAUGUAGUGAACUAGUUUUGACCAGGGCCAAAAGUAGUGCACCAUGUAGGGAAUAGGGUGAUAUUUGGAACAUACACAAUGUUAUGGUUGUUCCUGUUUUGGAAAAUCCAGUUUACAAAGAGAUUGAUAUCUUAUCUUCACUCAGCAACCCUGUAAUCAUGUUACAUUAUAUUGUCUAUUAUUUAUUUUUAGGCCAUUUUGGCCCACCCCAACAUUUUCCCGAUUGGUCAGGGUGGAGGAGUUCCGAAUGUGCCUAUUGGUCAGAGUGGUGGGAUUUCCGGCAUGUCCAUUGUCCAAAGUGGUAGUGGGGCUCCUGAUGGUCAGCAGACUUAUGUUCAGCCUGUUGCCAUGCCAACGCGGGUCUCACCAGGUGUACCACAGCAGUAUUCUCAGGUGAGUGGAUCUGCAUCUCUAUCGACUCUGGUCUCUCAAAAACACUACAGUUACCUUCAAAACUGUUUUAACCUUGAUAUGUUCUGAAUAGAUUUCCCCAAAUAACUCUUAAUCAUCACCUUACUAUUUGAUCAGAUGUUCUUUAACAAUAAUGACAAUUCUAACGAUCAUAAUUAUGCUUUCAUGUUUUCUAAAACUGUUUAUAAUUCUUUGAUUUAAUCAUAUGAUUAAUACUUACUCUUACCUUCUCUCUCCACCUCAAUCCCCCCUCUCCCCUCUUACCAUAACUCCCUCUGCCCACCUGACCAUCCCUCUGUUACCCUGCGACUACCAUCCUCCAACCAUCUCAGUCAUACCACUCAGAUGGGUCACAGAUUGCACAAAUGGCCCCUUCCCAGUCCUACGCACCCCCAGUCUCCCCCCAAGCCCAGCUCAAAAUACUCACAGCUCCCAUGUUAGCGGGGGACCCAACAGGACGAGUGGGGGCCAUGGUCCCUCUCCCACAACAGACCCAGGCCAACGUCACUCCCAACAUCAUCCAGAUGACACCCCAGCCUUUAACCCAGCAAGCACUGCCUGACAUGAUCCCCCAGCAGCAGACCAUUGUUCAGCAACAACAACAACAACAGAAACUGAUGGAGCCACAGCAGCAGCAGCAAAUGGAGGCUCAACAAGCUGCCUCGCUUCAGCAGCAGCAUCAACAACAACAACAACAACAGAUACUGAUGGAGCCACAGGAGCAGCAGCAAAUGGAGGCUCAACAAGCUGCCUCGCUUCAGCAGCAGCAUCAACAACAACAACAACAACAGGCCAAUGUAAUUCCCCAGAACCAGGCAGUACUGAUACAGCGACAGAUGGAACAACAACAACAACAACAGCAGCAGCAGCAACAGCAGCAAACUACUGAGCCGCAGCAGCAAGUGCAGCAAGUGUAUGUGCAGCAAGCUUUGGUUCAGCAGCAGGCCUCACAACAACAACAACAAUCAAUGGACCAACAACAGCAGCAGCAGGCAUUACUACAACAACAACAACAACAACAACAACAACAACAAUCAAUGGAACAACAGCAGCAGCAGCAACAACAACAACAGGUGUUGUCAUUGCAGCAACAGCAAGUGGAUCAAAGCCAAGCCUAUGCGCAACCACCGCAAAUUGACGUACAACAGCAGCAACAACUGCAGCAGCAGCAACAGCAGCAAACAUUGUUACUACACCAACAACACCAGAUAGAACAUCAGCAACAACAACAAGCAAUGUUACUAGAACAACAACAGCAAGUGUACAUACAACAGCAGCUUGAGCAACAGCAGCAACAGGCUUUGCUACAACAGCAACAACAGGCGCAACUACAACAACACCAACUGGAGCAGCAGCAAGCGCUGUUACAACAGCAGAUAUUUGAGCAACAGCAGCAGCAAGCGAUGUUACAGCAGCAGCAACAAGAGCAGCAGCAACAGCAAGCCUUAAAGCAACAGCAACAACAGGCGCAACUACAACAGCACCAGCUAGAGCAACAGCAAGCGCUCCUACAGCAACAACAGCAACAACAACAACAACUGGAGGCUCACCAAGUGAGCCAGAUACAACAACCGCAAAUGGAUUUACAGCAGCUGCAACAACAACAGCAAGCUGUGCUGAAACAACCGACCCAACUACAACAACAGGCGGUCGUCAGUCAUCCAGUCAACCCACAGCACCAGCAAGCUGUGCUUCAGCAACAGUUGGAACAACAGCAAGCCAUGCUGCAACAGCAACAGCUUCAACAGCAACAAGUGAUUUUACAGAAGCAGCAAUUGGAGCAACAACAGCAGCAAGCUCUGUUACAACAACAGAUUGAACAACAACGGCAACAGCAGGCAUUGCUACUGCAACAACAAGCGGAGAGAAUGCACCAACAGGCUUUGCUACAACAGCAGCAACAGAUUCAACAACAGCAAGAGACUGGGCAACCGCGGCACCACCAGCAAACUGCCAUAAUUCAAUUACAACAAAGCGAGAAACAAGAGACCGCUUUGAUUCAGCAACAAUGUGACCAGCUGCAAGCGUUGAUUCAACAGCAACAGAUUGAUGUAUGUACGUUGCAACAACAACAACAACAAAACGCUGCUUCGUUUCCACCUAGUCACACUAGCCUAACCCAGCAGCAACUGACAGAACAACAGCAAGUGGUGCUGAUACAACAACAAAAACAACAACAACAACAGCAGCAUCAACAAAAACAAGCUAUCUUACUGGAGCAACAACAACAAGCGUACGUUGCCCAGCAACAACAGCAGCACCAUCAGAGCUCUGUCAUUGAACGUCAGCCUCAGAUCCCCCUUAUAGCCCCAGCCGUACCAGCAGCAGAGGUUAUACAGGCCAUUCAGGUCCAAGCUCAGAUGGCCACCCAGGGUCAGGGUCAGGAAGUGAUACCUGUAGCCAUUCAGCCACAGAUUCCCCGCCAGGCCCAGAUUCAAGCUCGGAAUGAAGCUCACCCUCAGAGCCAGGGCAGUGUCUCUGUCCCAGUACUCCAAGCCCAGCCCCAGCCUCCACACCAAGCCCAGCCCCAGAUGAUCGAGGUCCAGAUUCCAUCUCACAUGGUGGCCCCGAUCCAGGCACCAAGUCCUCCAAUCCCUAUCCAGCCCCAGGUUCCUCUAGUACAGGCUCCCCAUCAGAUGCCAUCUCUAAUACAGGCCCAGGCACCAGAGCAGUCAGUCAUCCAGCAGACUCCCCAGCCUCUGUAUCCAACCCAGGCCCUGACUCAGACUCAGAUUCCAGACGUUCUUGAGACUCAGAUGAUGCCUCGUAUGCAGCAGAGCACAGCUCUGGUCCAACCCCAACCUCCAGUCUCAAUACCCCCCAUGCAAAGCCAGGUCCAGCCUCAACCCCAGCACCAGUCUCUAGUGCAGCCCAGUGUUCAACUUCCAGGGGUGGUGCAGCCUCAACCCCAGCACCAGUCUCAAGUGCAGCCCAGUGUUCAACUUCCAGGGGUGGUGCAGCCUCAACCCCAGCACCAGGCUCCGGCCGGCCUACUGGCACCGCAGUAUGUCACUGCACUUCAGCCCACCCAACAGCAAGCCAUGCAGCCAGUCCAGCAGCAACAACAGGACAUCACUCAACAAGUAACACAACAACAACAGCAACAACAACAACAGCAACAGCAGAUACUGAUGGAGCAACAACAGUCCAUGCUGCAGUACCAGCAGAUAAUGCUGUCCCCUGGAUCUGUUGGUGUUGGAACUGUCAUGGCAGCCCCUGCAGCCAAGGUCAUAGACCCUACCACAUUGGUCUCUGCUUCGCCCCAACACAUACAACAACAGACUGGACAAGCUCCAGCCCAAGCCCCAGCCACAGCUCCAUCCCCAGCUCCGGCCCCCAUCCAGCUGGCUCUGCAGUCCCUUCCCCCUCAGCAGCAGCAAGUCUUAAUUCCCCCUCACAACCCAAGUCAACUGGCUUCUCAGCCUCCUCAGAUCCCCCCACAUCUGUUGCCCCAGCAGCCCACUGUUAACCCAGCACAGAUUGCAGCCUCCAGUAACUUGCCCCAGCCCCAGCUCGGGACUCAGACUAGAGCCCUACCCCUCUACAGUCAGGUAGUAGCAGGAGCAGGAAGUCCUCCACCAUCCCCCCAGCACCAGGCUCAGCUGACGCAGCCGCUACCCGCCCACACACACACCCAGACGGCCAUGCAAGCUCUCGCAAACACUCCAACCCAGACACUGGCCCAGACGCAGGUCCACACCGAGACCCAGCUCGCUGAGGCCGCAUCGGUGGCUGCCACCACGGAGCAACAGCACCCUCUGAAUCCCCCCCAGGCUACUUCCCUCCCUCUUCCACACAUGCCCCCCAGCCCCUCUCAUACAGCACCACGCCCUGCCUCCCUGCCACCCCUCCAUCCUGCUACCCCUGGCCCAGAGACCCAGCCCACCCCACCAGAGAGUCAGCUAACCCUGCCUGGCCUGGCUGACGAACCCACUUCUCUCCCGCCUGUUGCCGCCACUGCUGCCCAGCCCCUUGACUCUAACGCCCCCUUGCUGCUGCCCCCAACCUCGCUCCAAGACUGUGACCCUGCUCUGCUGAGCCUUGCUCAGGUACAGAAGUGCACACCACUCUACCACUACUGCAUACUGUUCCAUUACUACCACUAUUUGCAACCAAUAACCAGCCGGUUGUAGAAAUGUGUAUACAGUAGAGAGCAAUGCAAGGGCCACACCCUUUUUAAGAUAUAGAAUAAAACCCAUUCCUUUUACUCAGUUACGCUAAGUACGAUUGUAUGGUAUUUGUUCUGAUUUAAACUAACCAGUACUACAACAACAUGAUCAAGUGUUUUCCUUUAACUUACAUUAAUAUACGUUCAUUUAUUUUUUGUAUUCACCAUUUCAGUUUUAUUUGUAUUAGUCAACUAAUGGUUUGGUAUGUAUCUUUUCUUUGUGGGUUUUUGCUGUUUUCUGUAUGUCUGUAUUUGUGUGUGCGUUGGUCUGUCUGUGUGUCUGUCUGUCUGUAUCUAUGUGGCUCUACAGGAGAGUCCAAACCAGUCUGGCACAGAGAGACACUCCACUUCAGGGUAUGUGUCACAUCAUUACUCUCAACGUCGUUCCCAAUUCGCUCCAUAGCUCUAGCCCCCGGUCAAUGUUAGCAGAUCUAUAAGGUGGAAGUGAUAUGGUGGAUGCUUCACCACUACACUGCUUAUACCUAUCCAGACCCUUCAGAUCUGCAAUCAUCCAAGGGUUAAGACCAAGGGGAAGGGCUAGGGACCGGUUGUCAAUGUUCUACUUUUCGUUUGUUUUUCAUGUUAGAAGAGGUUAUGCCCAAUACUGUACUUGAAGUACUAACAAUAGGAGUACUAUUAAUUUGACCACAGCUCUGUUCCAGCCAAUGGGGAUGGGGAUUUACAGAUGUUGGCCAAUGGGAAACUAGAGAGGGUGAAGUCUCAGAGGAGAUUGUCCUAUCGGGGGCCGGAUAAAGGAUCACAUGCAUUUCAACUGAGCAUGAUUCAGGUAUAGUAUCCCUAAUAGUAUUAAUCCCUCUCAGGAUGUAAAAGAUUUCUAAGAAAUGGUCAUGUCCAAGAAAUUAUAACGUCCAAGAAAUGUUUGUGUCCAAGAUAUUGAAAGGCCAACAUGGUUUCUCUUGCUGUGCUCCGUAGGUGUCCGGCUCUGGGGACAACAUGGUGGAGUGUCAGCUGGAAACCCACAGCAACAAGAUGGUCACCUUCAAGUUCGACACUGACGGAGACGCACCUGAAGACAUCGCAGAUUACAUGGUGGCUAGACCAACACACAGUUAUACAUGGACAUUUGUUUGGGAUUAUAGCACCACAAACAUCUACCUGUUUGGAUAUAUUACAUAUGAUUAUAUUCAUGUAUGAUUAUAUUAUAUUAGAUGGGAUGAGGAUUUUUGCAGCACGCACUCUCAUUUGGACUAAUGCCAACUACCCCAUGCAGCCUGUGUUUGGUCCAUUAAGUUUGGUUUUAAAAAGUGUGUUCUAUUGUGUAUCAAUUUGUGUAUCUGUAAUGGCUUGUGUAGGUGGAGGAGGAUUUUGUCCGUGAGUCAGAGAAAGAGACAUUUGUGGAAGAUCUGAGGUCCAUUGUCAAGAGAGCACAGGAAAUUCUCCUCACACAUCAACAGGUCUGGUUUGAAAACAUUGGUUGCUUCCCAAAUGACACUGUGUUCCCUACAUAGUGCGCUACUUUUGUCCAGAAUCCUAUGGCCACUGGUAAAAAGUAGUGCACUACAUAGGGAGAUAGGAGGGUGCCAUUUGGGAUGUAACCUGUAUGUAAUGUCUGUUCGGCUCUUUUCUACUCUAAAUCUUUACAGACAUACAGUUUUAAAUGCUGAACACCAUACACAUAGUACAGCCAGGGUACAAUAUGUCCUGCUUUGGAUAUAAUGUUGCCUUGAAACAGGUCCAUGUACUGUCUGGUCAUUUUCUCCUACCAUUAUGGAACCACUAUGUCAGUAGCCAUGUUUUAUAUUAUGGUGAAAAUAAAGGAAAUAGAGCCUGCACACUCAUGAGCUCCACCACGUAUCUUUAUUAAUAAACAAACAACGUUUUGAUCCUGCAAGGUGAACACUGAACAUACAGAGAGCUAAAGUCAUAUGUAAUGGUGUAUGGAGAACAUACAGGGGCCUUUACAGUAGCUAAUGCAUUGGAGCAACCAUAACUCAUCUGAUUUAUUACCAUGUAAUUCUGCCUGUAUGUAUGUUAACAUGGUCUGUUCUGUGUCUUCCUGUUGUCUGUCAAGACUGGGUCUAUGGAACAGCUGUAUGUGAGCACUCCAACAGGCACAGCAAGUGAGUUACAAUCUAAAAUGGCCCGUUAUUCCCGAUAUAGUGCACUACUUUUGACCAGAUCUCUAUGGCCCCUGGUCAAAAGUAGUACACUAAAUAGGGAAUAGGAUGCUAUUUGAGAGGCAGCCCUUCCUCCGUCCUCUGUCCUCCCCACCACUCCUCCUACAGCAUCUAUAGGCUAUAAUCUACUGAGCUUGGAAUGGAAAAUACAGAUGAGAAGAUAGAGAGAUAAAAGCGAAAGAUGACAACUUAAUUGCCCAUUACAUUUUCAUAAAAUAGAUUAUAUUGUAAUGAACCUUUUACACAGUUCGAUUGACAUGAUGUAAUAUCAUUCUAUCUUCUAGUUGAAAUACUGUAUUUUCUUUUUUCUUUUUGCACUCAUACAGCAGUCAUUACAAACUGAAAUUCAUGCGUAUACAACAUUUUAAUGGAUAAGAGCAACAACAUUUAAAAAUAAGAGAAACCAUUUCAAUCAAAAAUGUCCCGUGGUCUUAAAGCCACUCAUUAUUCAAAGAGCAGAAAUAUGAGAUUGGUGAGCUCAGUCCGUUUGUUUUGGCUGCGAGUGUUCCUGCCUGUCACUGUGAUUCGGUCAGGAGGUAGCCAGUCCCUGAAUUGAGAUUUUAGGAGUCUGACCAUGAAGUCAGUGCAGAGUUGUGUCCAUCUUUCGUGAAGCCGGAGCAGGGACAGCGUCAGCAUGCUCUCUUCUAGUGGACUAUAAAUGGUCAUGAUAUCUGGUGCUUUGCCAAAUGUGGCUUAAUCCUUUUGCCCCACCUUUAUAAAGCGUUAUGAAUGAUUAUGAAUUAUUUCUGUUUAAGGCAGCUUCAUUUAGCCUUGGAAGUAAAGUUUUAGUUCAUUAAAAUAGGACCUUUUUAUAUAGGAUUUCUCUUUUUAUUCCAGCACCCCAGUCAAGCAUCUCUGUAGGCCAGGGAUGGGCUACUGGUGGCCCGCGGCCCCCUUUUUGUAGGCCCCGGGAUCAAUUUCCAAAAACAAACAAACAAAACAAAAAAAGUAUAUACAUUACCAGUCAAAGGUUUAGACACAUACUCAUUCAAGGGUUUUUCUUAAUUUUUUACUAUUUUCUACAUUGUAGAAUAAUAGUGAAGACAUCAAAACUAUGAAAUAACACAUAUGGAAUCAUGUAAUAACCCAAAAAAAUUAUUUUUGAUUUUAGAUUCUUCAAAGUAGCCACCCUUUGCCUUGAUGACAGCUUUGCACACUCUUGGCAUUCUCAACCAGCUUCAUGAGGAAUGCUUUUCCAACAGUCUUGAAGGAGUUCCCACAUAUGCUGAGCACUUGUUGGCUGCUUUUCCUUCACUCUGCGGUCCAACUCAUCCCAAACCAUCUCAAUUGUGUUGAGGUCGGGUGAUUGUGGAGGCCAGGUCAUCUGAUGCAGCACUCCAUCACUCUUCUUGGUCAAAUAGCCCUUAAAAAGCCUGGAGGUGUGUUUUGGGUCAUUGUCCGAUUGAAAAAAAAAUGAUAGUCCCACUAAGCGCAAACCAGAUGGGAUGGCGUAUCGCUGCAGAAUGCUGUGGUAGCCAUGCUGGUUAAGUGUGCCUUCUAAAUAAAUCACUGAAAGUGUCACCAGCAAAGCACCCCCACACCAUCACACCUCCUCCUCCAUUCUUCACGGUGGGAACUACACAUGCAGAGAUCAUCCGUUCACCUACUCAUCCGUUCACCUACUCUCACUCAGAGAUCAUAUUAAAAACUGCAAACAUUUCUCUCCACCUUAUGGCAAAAUGUGUAGAAUUGCAUGAAAUUAGUUGUUGUAACAUUGCAAAAUGUUCAGGGCGGUGACAACAACAUUUGCGGCCCCUCAUGAUUAAUUCCGAUCUUUUGUGGCCACACCAUCAAAGUUGCCCAUCCCUGCUAUAGGCCUUAUAAAGUGUUGAUGAAGCCUUGAAAGUUGUAGUUAUUUUAAAGUGGGACCUUUUCUACGUUAUUUCUCUUUAUCUGCCAAUGGAAUCAGCACCCCCCUUGAUAAAGCAUUAUGAAUUAUUCUGAAUGAUUUCUAAAACAUAUAUGUAGGCUUUAUAAAGUGUUUAAGGAAACCUUGAAAGUUGUAGUUAGUUUAAAGUUUAAAGUGGGACUUUUUAUAUAUUAUUUUAUGUUCCAGUGGACGGGACGCCUCAGUCGUCUCCGGUGGGCAGAUGGAGGUUCUUCAUCAACCAGACGAUCAGACACAGAGACUCCACGUCCAACCAGGGAGGAGCAUCCACCCCUCCACCUCUCUCGACCGGAGAGGUCAGGGUGCCCCAGUCUACAGACACUGACCGAGGUACAGUAACAGGACCCGGGUCUGGGCUAACAGUCAUUUAACACUGGGCAUUCAUACCCUUUUCACACUACCAAGCCCACCCGAAAACCAGUAGGGGUUGAAAUAUUUUCUGAACUGUCCUGUGCAGUUAGUGUCCUGCUCCAUUAAUGGGCUAUGCACUGUACACAAAAUGUAACUUUUCUAACACAGUUGCAGCAACUAUGGUGGAAACUUAACCAGGCCAGUGUAGUACGGCUGGGCUCUGCUCAGUAGUGUGAAGGGGGUACAUUCUGCUGUGUUUGGUUCUGUCUGUUGAGUAACACCAACUAACCCUCUGUACCUCCUCUCUCUGGUCUGCUCUGAUUGGUCGACAUACUCUAGAGGGGGACGGAGGAUCCCAGAGAUUGGACUCCUCCUUUGCUGAAAUGGUCUCCUCUCCUCCUCUCUGCCCCACUUCCACCCUGUGUGCCCUGACCCCUGCUUCCACCUGCGUCUCCACCGUUUCUACCCCUGCCUCCAUGUCUGCACCCCCAGCCACUGCUGCCCCCGCUCCUGACACGACUGCCUCUGCUGCCUCUGACAGUAGUGUUUCUGACCCGGCUUCUACUAGUGCAGUUGUUGCCUCAGUCCUACACCCAGUCCCCGCUGCCUCAGCUGGCCUAGGCCCAGACCUGCAGGCUUCCAUCGACCAAACUUCCAGUUCCACCACAGCAACAUCCUCCAUUCCAACCCAUGUCCCAAAUACCGCUACCAACCUCCCAGUCCCAACCAUGGUAGCCGCUUCUACCACCAUUGAUCCCUCUACCACAGCCUGUCUAACUGAAGCUCUGACCUCCCCAGCUAGUAGUGGCAGCUCCAUGGUGAGCCAGGGCCAAGGCCCAAGCCUAGGGGAUGUAGUAGCAGUGGCAGCCCCAGGGCAGUGUGUGUCUGCAGGGGACCACUCAUCCACCGGCUCCAUCCAGCCUCCAGUGGCUGUGUCUGCAGCCGUGGCCUCUCCUCCUGUUAGCCAUGCAGGUCUGAAGCAGCAGCAACACACUCUGCCUCUGAUUCAGUGCAUGCCAGCCCAGCCUCAGGCUCCGCCUCAAGCUCAGGUCCAGUUACAACAGCAACUCCAGACAAUGCAACAGGUACAGCAGCAGCAACAGCUCCUAGAACAGCAACAACAACAACAACAACAACAACACCUGCAGGCUGUGCAACUCCAACAGGUACAGCAACAACAGCAAGUGUACCAAGAGCAGAUACAACUGCAACAGCAGCAGCAGCAACUCGCGUUGCAAAAAUCUAUUGAACAGUUGCAGAUGCUGCAACAGCAACAACUACAGCCACAACAACAACAACAACAGCAGCAGCAGUCUGAGCUACAUGUGCAGCCCCAGCUCAGUCAGACAAAGCCGUUACAACAACAGUGUAUGUCCCUGCAACCACAGACAGAUAUGUUGCCACUGGCACUACAACAACAGAUACAGCAACUGCCUGUCCAAAUGCAGAACACAGAGUUACACAUGCAACAGCCACAGCUACACCAGUUACCCCCACCACAACAACAACAACAACAGCCACAGCUACACCAGUUACCACCACAACAACAACAACAGCCACAGCUACACCAGUUACCACAACAACAACAACAGCCACAGCUACACCAGUUACCCACACCACAACAACAACAACAACAGCCACAGCUCACCAGUACCAACAACAACAACAGCCACAGCUACACCAGUUACCACAACAACAACAACAGCCACAGCUACACCAGUUACCACCACAACAACAACAACAACAGCCACAGCUACACCAGUUACCACAACAACAACAGCCACAGCUACACCAGUUACCACCACAACCAACAACCAGCACACCAGUUACACACAACACAACAGCCACAGCUACACCAGUUACCACCACAACAACAACACAACAGCCACAGCUACACCAGUUACCACCACAACAACAACAGCCACAGCUACACCAGUUACCACACACAACAACAACACAAACAACAGCACCUACACAGUUACCACACACACACCACACCACCAACCCACCAACACAACAACACACUAACAACACCAGUUACCACCACCACACCAACCACACCAACAACACACUACACCAGUUACCACCACCACCACCACAACCAACAACACUACACCUACCACCACACAACACAACACCAGCCACCAACCACACACACAACAACACACAGCUACAGCAGUUACCACCACAACAACAACAACACCACAGCCACAGCUAACAACCAUUACCAAAAACAACAACAGCAGCCACAGCUACACCAGUUACCACAACAACAACAACAGCCACAGCUACACCAGUUACCCCCACCACAACAACAACAACAACAGCUACAGCUACACCAGUUACCACAACAACAACAACAGCCACAGCUACACCAGUUACCACAACAACAACAGCCACAGCUAUACCAGUUACCACAACAACAACAGCCACAGCUACACCAGUUACCACCACAACAACAACAACAGCAUCAGCAACAGUUAGGUCUGGAACAGGCACUACAUAUUCAGCAGCAACAGCAAAUGCUCCAACAACAACAACAACAACAACAACAACAACAGCAGUCUUUUAUGGCUGUAACAGCCAUACAGGGAGAUGUGUUACAGCAGCAACAUGCGCUGCUAGCCCAGUCAGUGAACCAACAGUAUGUCCAACAACAACCAGUACAGCUACUAAACAUGGCACUGGUACAACCACAGCAAGCUCCUCAACAACAACAACAACAACAACAACAACAACUCACGCACAGACUCCCUCUAGAACAGACACAACACCAACUAGUACAGUCACAACAGCUGCUAGAGCAACAACAACAACAACAAGAGGUUAACCCUCAGCAGAAGCAGCAGGAGCCCCAGCAGGCUCCUCUCCAGGAGCAGCCGUUGUUCCAACAGUCAGAGUGGGAGCUGUCUACAUGGGAGGCCAUUGUGACCGAGGAUAAAGUCAGUCACUCUGCCCCUCUACACCCCUCCUCAGACUCCUCUCUGCCCCUCAACAUUAACACAACCUCUGAUGCCCCCCUACCGCCUCUCUCCCUCACCCUGACCCCCUCCCCGGUCCAGCCAUCCUCUGUGGCUGAGUCGGACAGCGAGGGCCCUCCCAAAAUUGAGUUUGUAGACAACCGCAUUAAGACUCUGGAUGAAAAGCUGAGGAACUUGUUGUAUCAGGAGUAUAGUAGUGGGGCAGGUGUGACGGGGGGAGCUGCUGUGGUUUCUACUAUAGGUCCCACCUCAGUGUCAGCAGCCUCCACAUCGGCAGGAGGGGACGAAUCCUCGGAGCCGCACUCGCUCCAUCCCUCCUCCUUCCCUCCUCCUGCGUCCUCCUCAUCAGACACCUCUCCUCAUUCCUCCUCCUCCACCACCUCCUCCACCACCUCCCGCUCCUCCUCCCCCUCUCCUGACCUGGAGAGUGGGAGAGGAGUGGGGGAGGAGGCUCCUCCAACAGGCCCGGUGGAGCAGCAGCCCACCCCGUCACUCUCCUCCGCCUCCCCCCCUUCCUCCCUCCUGGCCCCCCUACACGGAGACUCUGCCGGGCCCCCGCCUAUCCCUGGAGAACCCACCGUUCUUGUAAGUGAGGUGCACAUAUCUGAAUAGUGUUUGAUUGGCUUCCUGAAACAUUUAGUAAAGACCACUGCUUUGAUUGCCUUGUUGUUAUGAAUUAAUAGAUACAUGUAUUUUUCAAUGCUGUGGUUCUUGUAAUGUACUUAUGAUAUUUCAGUAUCUCUCCUUUUCUCUCUGAGUGUCUCUACUAUGACCCCCCAUGGCUGCAGCCACUCUUACCUUGUCGCUGUGUUACCUAUCCCCUCCCCUAUCCCCUCCCCCUACACCUCCAGGCUGCCCCCUCUCACUCUGACACCAGUACCCCAGGAGAAGUCACUACGUGGCCCCCCAAUCUGCACCCCAUCCCCCUGGGCCCUGGACCACUGCCGCAGCAUAAUGCAGGAGGUGGAUAUUUUGGCCUAAACCUGACAUGUCCUAGUAUCAGAAAUCCCGUUAGCAAGAAAUCCUGGACUCGCAAAUUCAAAAGCUGGGCGUGCAAACUGCGCCACUCCGCCAGCUUGUUCAAGAAGCCCAGAGUCAAGCAAGGUAGCGUGUUCUUAGAGAGAGAGCGAGAGAGAGGUUGAAUGGGGCGUUGGUUGGUUGGGGUGUUUAUCUAAAAUACAAAGGUUGUCUAGUUAUGUUUAAUAUAAUUCUGUUAAGUGUAACAUAAUUGUGUAAUUUCUGCGACUCUUAUCUUGACAGGAAUUAUUAUUCCUUUGUUAUUUUUUAACUAAUCUUUUGGUAAUAAGUAACUGUAAUUUUAUAUUUUUCUGGUAUUACUAUUUUUAUGUGAUUGUCUUUGUUGUAUGGUGUCAGUGUUGACGAUAUCUCUACAUGAUACAUUACUCUUAUCUUCUGGAAUGUUCUGUUUUGCAGAAUGGCUUUACUACAUUUAUUUGCCCAUCUUUUUUGUUUGCAUGGGGGGGGUUACUCACCCUGCCUGGGCCUGCAUGAGGCCAGAACAGUGUAGAGAAGAAGAGCGAGAUGGGGGGAUGAGGAGGAGGAGUAGAGAAGAGGAGAGUGUAGGAAGAAAGAGAUGGGGGGAUGAGGAGGAGGAGUAGAGAAGAGGAGAGUGUAGGAAGAAAGAUAUGGGGGGAUGAGGAGGAGGAGUAGAGAAGAGGAGAGUGUAGGAAGAAAGAGAUGGGGGGAUGAGGAGGAGGAGUAGAGAAGAGGAGAGUGUAGGAAGAAAGAGAUGGGGGGAUGAGGAGGAGGAGUAGAGAAGAGGAGAGUGUAGGAAGAAAGAGAUGGGCAGUAUAAGGAGGCUGAUGAGUUUACAACUGUAACUCUGGAGAUCGGAGUAGCGCCUGCCUGCUUGCUGCAACCAGGAUAUGAGAGCAUUAGACCCCUUUAUGACCCCCACCAGCCCCACCACACCCCCACUCUCUGCUCUCAGAGGAUAAUGGCCACUGCACACUGCUCAGUCAGUGCCCACCACAUAGCAACCACACACUCCACCUGCUGACACAGAGUAGCUCAGACUAAGCACCUCACACACACACACACACACACAUAUACAUACACAUACACAUUCACACUUUGAGUGCUCACUCACACUUGGCAAAUGUCAUGACAAUCCAUGGCAAUCACUCCAUUAGGUCUGCAAUACAUUAUGCAAUGCUUUAUAAAUGAGCCAUUUGCUUGCCAGUAGGUUCUGUAUGUAAUAUCCUAGAUUAUGAUGACAUCAUAAUUGACUAUACAUUGUGCACAUUGUUCAGUGCAGGGUUUAGAAGUAACUACCCAUUCGGUUUCUUUCUUACCUGCAUAGGCUUUUAUAAGGCUGAGCCAAUAAGCUCACAUUGUUUUUUGCAGACUGCUAUUCUUGCAUGUAUUAGUGUGUUUCACUGUAGUUUAGUUAUUUGUGUAUUUUCAUUGUAAAUAUAGCAUAUGGCAUGAACAUACAGCACGCUACAUACAGUUGAAGUCGGAAGUUUACAUACACUUAGGUUGGAGUCAUUAAAACUUGUUUUUCAUCCACUCCACAAAUUUAUUGUUAACAAACUAUAGUUUUGGCAAGUCGGUUAGGACAUCUACUUUGUGCAUGACACAAGUAAUUUUUCCAACAAUUGUUUACAGACAGGUUAUUUCACUUAUAAUUCACUGUAUCACAAUUCCAGUGGGUCAGAAGUUUACUUACCCUAAGUUGACUGUGCUUUUAAACAGCUUAGAAAAUUCCAGAAAAUGAUGUCAUGGCUUUAGAAGCUUCUGAUAGGCUAAUUGACAUUAUAUAAGUCAAUUGGAGGUGUACCUGUGGAUGUAUUUCAAGGCCUACCUUCAAACUCAGUGCCUCUUUGCUUGACAUCAUGGGAAAAUCAAAAGAAAUCAGCCAAGACCUCAGAAAAACAAUUGUAGACCUCCACAAGUCUGGUUCAUCCUUGGGAGCAAUUUCCAAACGCCUGAAGGUACCACGUUCAUCUGUACAAACAAUAGUACGCAAGUAUAAACAUCAUGGGAUCACGAAUCCGCCAUACUGCUCAGGAAGGAGACGCGUUCUGUCUCCUAGAGAUUAACGUACUUUGGUGCGAAAAGUGCAAAUCAAUCCCAGAACAACAGCAAAGGACCUAGUGAAGAUGCUGGAGGAAACGGGUACAAAAGUAUCUAUAUCCACAGUAAAACGAGUCCUACAGUGAGGGAAAAAAGUAUUUGAUCCCCUGCUGAUUUUGUACAUUUGCCCACUGACAAAGACAUGAUCAGUCUAUAAUUUUAAUGGUAGGUUUAUUUGAACAGUGAGAGACAGAAUAACAACAACAAAAAACAGAAAAACGCAUGUCGAAAAUGUUAUAUAUUGAUUUGCAUUUUAAUGAGGGAAAUAAGUAUUUGACCCCUCUGCAAAACAUGACUUAGUACUUGGUGGCAAAACCCUUGUUGGCAAUCACAGAGGUCAGACAUUUCUUGUAGUUGGCCACCAGGUUUGCACACAUCUCAGGAGGGAUUUUGUCCCACUCCUCUUUGCAGAUCUUCUCCAAGUCAUUAAGGUUUCGAGGCUGACGUUUGGCAACUCGAACCUUCAGCUCCCUCCACAGAUUUUCUAUGGGAUUAAGGUCUGGAGACUGGCUAGGCCACUCCAGGACCUUAAUGUGCUUCUUCUUGAGCCACUCCUUUGUUGCCUUGGCCGUGUGUUUUGGGUCAUUGUCAUGCUGGAAUAUCCAUCCACGACCCAUUUUCAAUGCCCUGGCUGAGGGAAGGAGGUUCUCACCCAAGAUUUGAUGGUACAUGGCCCGUCCAUCGUCCCUUUGAUGCGGUGAAGUUGUCCUGUCGCCUUAGCAGAAAAACACCCCCAAAGCAUAAUGUUUCCACCUCCAUGUUUGACGGUGGGGAUUGUGUUCUUGGGGUCAUAGGCAGCAUUCCUCCUCCUCCAAACACGGCGAGUUGAGUUGAUGCCAAAGAGCUCGAUUUUGGUCUCAUCUGACCACAACACUUUCACCCAGUUCUCUUCUGAAUCAUUCAGAUGUUCAUUGGCAAACUUCAGACGGCCCUGUAUAUAUACUUUCUUGAGCACGGGGACCUCGCGGGCGCUGCAGGAUUUCAGUCCUUCACGGCGUAGUGUGUUACCAAUUAUUUUCUUGGUGACUAUGGUCCCAGCUGCCUUGAGAUCAUUGACAAGAUCCUCCCGUGUAGUUCUGGGCUGAUUCCUCACCGUUCUCAUGAUCAUUGCAACUCCACGAGGUGAGAUAUUGCAUGGAGCCCCAGGCCGAGGGAGAUUGACAGUUAUUUUGUGUUUCUUCCAUUUGCGAAUAAUCGCACCAACUGUUGUCACCUUCUCACCAAGCUGCUUGGCGAUGGUCUUGUAGCCCAUUCCAGCCUUGUGUAGAUCUACAAUCUUGUCCCUGACAUCCUUGGAGAGCUCUUUGGUCUUGGCCAUGCUGGAGAGUUUGGAAUCUGAUUGAUUGAUUUCUUCUGUGGACAGGUGUCUUUUAUACAGGUAACAAACUGAGAUUAGGAGCACUCCCUUUAAGAGUGUGCUCCUAAUCUCAGCUCGUUACCUGUAUAAAAGACACCUGUGAGCCAGAAAUCUUUCUGAUUGAGAGGGGGUCAAAUACUUAUUUCCCUCAUUAAAAUGCAAAUUAAUUUAUAACAUUUUUGACCUGCGUUUUUCUGGAUUUUUUUGUUGUUAUUCUGUCUCUCACUGUUCAAAUAAACCUACCAUUAAAAUUAUAGACUGAUCAUUUCUUUGUCAGUGGGCAAACGUACAAAAUCAGCAGGAGAUCAAAUACUUUUUUCCCUCACUGUAUAUCGACAUAACCUGAAAGGCCGCUCAGUAAGGAAGAAGCCACUGCUCCAAUUAGCCUAUCAGAAGCUUCUAAAGCUAUGACAAUUUUCCAAGCUGUUUAAAGGCACAGUCAAUUUAGUGUAUGUAAACUUCUGACCCACUGGAAUUGUGAUACAGUGAAUUAUAAGUGAAAUAAUCUGUCUGUAAACAAUUGUUGGAAAAAUUACUUGUGUCAUGCACAAAGUAGAUCUUCUAGCCUACUUGCCAAAACUAUAAUUUGUUAACAAGAAACGUGUGGAGUGGUUGAAAAACGAGUUUUAAUGACUCCAACCUAAGUGUAUGUAAACUUCCGACUUCAACUGUACAGACUUUCUGUUUAAAAGCUGCCAAAUAUCAUACACCACGGACAGCACCCCUGUUUAUCCAAAUUAAUCCAUAAUGUCAAUCGGUUAAUUGAUUGGUUGAUUCAUUGAUGUUGAUUGGUUGGUUGACGUGAUGUUAGUGUGGGACGUAAUAUGUUGCUGGGACACUCUCUAUGAGUGUGUGAGAGAGAAUGGAUGUGUGUGGUUGUGGGUGGGUGGGGGUAUACUGAUGCAUACGCUCAACUAACUGACCCCUCCCCUAAAAUGGAUUUCUAUGUUAUGUUAUGAUUAAUCACUUAUCUACCACCCUUCCCAUCUACAUCUAUCUACCACCCUUCCCAUCUAUAUCUAUCUACCACCCUUCCCAUCUAUAUCUAUCUACCACCCUUCCCAUCUAUAUCUAUCUACCACCCUUCCCAUCUAUAUCUAUCUACCACCCUUCCCAUCUAUAUCUAUCUACCACCCUUCCCAUCUACAUCUAUCUACCACCCUUCCCAUCUAUAUCUAUCUACCACCCUUCCCAUCUAUAUCUAUCUAUCCACCCUUCCAUCUAUAUCUAUCUACCACACCCUUCCCAUCUAUAUCUAUCUACCACCCUUCCCAUCUAUAUCUAUCUACCACCCUUCCCAUCUAUAUCCCCUUCCCAUCUAUCUAUCCAUCCCCUUCCAUCUAUCUAUCCACCCUUCCCUUAUAUCUAUCUACCACCCUUCCCAUCUACUAUCUAUCUACCACCCUUCCCAUCUACAUCUAUCUACCACCCUUCCCAUCUACAUCUAUCUACCACCCUUCCCAUCUAUAUCUAUCUACCACCCUUCCCAUCUAUAUCUAUCUACCCCAUUACAGGUCAUGCUUAUUUAAGCAUGCUUUUAUUGUAGAUGUACUGUAUCUUUACUUAUCUUUAUCAUAACAUUUUUGUUUAUUCCUGUCGCUGUAAGAAAAGGACAGUAAAAUAUUGUAAAAAUGCUAUGGUUUUCUAAAUCAACGUAAUGUACACACACUUUCCCAUAGUCAUGCAUGUACUGUUAGAUUGUAUACAAUACAAUGUAUUGUACAGUUACAGGGUGGUGUGCUGAUGAUGAUGUGAUGUCAUGUGAUUCAAUGAUUUUUUAAACUCUGUUUUUCUGUGUUUGUGGUGUCUGUGUGUCCACGUCUUAUCUCUGUGCUUGUCGGUGUGUCCCUCUGUGUGUGUCCACCCAUAUGUGCCUAUUUCUGUGUGUUUGUCUCUGUGGCUCUACCUUGUCCUCACUCAUGUGAAUGUCUGUCUCUUUGUCUGUCUCUGUGUCCUUGUCUCUCUAUGUCCUCUCUUUCUUUCUCUUCCCCUUGGUUUUCAUUCCCCCUCUUUUUUCUAGAUGGUCACUGUAGAAGCAGCCAGGCAGUCAGAGAGGGAGCUUCCUCCAACCCUACCCACUCACUCAAGGGACGAUUUCGGGUACGGCCCAUCCUGAAAAAUAAUCUAGCCCCUAGACAAUAGAUCUGAAAGGAUUAGAUAGGUGUAAGCAAUAUGGGAAAAUAAUCCACCCAGUAUACGAGGGGACAAGAUACAAUCCCUUGCAAAAGUAUUCAUCCCCCUUGGCGUUUUUCCUAUUUUGUUGCAUUACAACCUGUAAUUUAAAUGGUUUUUAUUUGGAUUUCAUGUAAUGGACAUACACAAAAUAGUCCAAAUUGGUGAAGUAAAAUUAAAAAAAUAACUUGUUUUCAAAAAAUUCUAAACAAUAAAUCACGGAAAAGUGGUGCGUGCAUAUGUAUUCACCCCCUUUGCUAUGAAGCCCCUAAAUAAGAUCUGGUGCAACCAAUUACCUUCAGAAGUCACAUAAUUAGUUAAAUAAAGUCCACCUGUGUGCAAUCUAAGUGCCACAUGAUCUCAGUUUAUAUACACCUGUUCUGAAAGGCCCCAGAGUCUGCAACACCACUAAGCAAGGGGCACCACCAAGCAAGCGGCACCAUGACCAAGGAGCUCUCCAAACAGGUCAGGGACAAAGUUGUGGAGAAGUACAGAUCAGGGUUGGGUUCUAAAACAAUAUCCAAAACGUUGAACAUCCCACAUAGCACCAUUAAAUCCAUUAUUAAAAAAUGGAAAGAAUAUGGCACCACAACAAACCUGCCAAGAGAGGGCUGCCCACCAAAACUCACGGACCAGGCAAGGAGGGCAUUAAUCAGAGAGGCAAUAAAGAGACCAAAGAUAACCCUGAAGGAGCUGCAAAGCUCCACAGCGGAGAUUGGAGUAUCCGUCCAUAGGACCACUUUAAGCCGUACACUCCACAGAGCUGGGCUUUACGGAAGAGUGGCCAGAAAAAAGCCAUUGCUUAAAGAAAUAAAUGAGGAAACACGUUUGGUGUUCGCCAAAAGGCAUGUGGGAGACUCCCUAAACAUAUGGAAGAAUGUACAGGUCAGAUGAGACUAAAAUUGAGCUUUUUGUCCAUCAAGGAAAAUGCUAUGUCUGGUGCAAAGCCAACACCUCUCAUCACCCCGAGAACACCAUCCUCACAGUGAAGCAUGGUGGGGGCAGCAUCAUGCUGUGGGGAUGUUUUUCAUUGGCAGGGACUGGGAAACUGGUCAGAAUUGAAGGAAUAAUGGAUGGUGCUAAAUACAGGGAAAUGAUUGAGGGAAACCUGUUUCAGUCUUCCAGAGAUUUGAGCCUGGGACGGAGGUUCACCUUCCAGCAGGACAAUGACCCUAAGCAUACUGCUAAAGCAACACUUGAGUGGUUUAAGGGGAAACAUUUAAAUGUAUUGGAAUGGCCUAGUCAAAGCCCAAACCUCAAUCCAAUUGAGAAUAUGUGAUAUGACUUAAAGAUUGCUGUACACCAGCAGAACCCAUCGAACUUGAAGGAGCUGGAGCAGUUUUUGCUUUGAAGAAUGGGCACAAAUCCCAGUGGCUAGAUGUGCCAAGCAUAUAGAGACAUACCCCAAGAGACUUGCAGCUGUAAUUGCUGCAAAAGGUGGCUCUACAAAGUAUUGACUUGGGGUGUGGGGGGGGGGGGGGGGGGAUGAAUAGUUAUGCACGCUCAAGUUUUCUGUUUUUUUGUCUUAUUUCUUGUUUGUUUCACAAUAAAAAAUAUUUUGCAUCUUCAAAGUGGUAGGCAUGUUGUGUAAAUCAAAUGAUACAAACCCCCAAAAAUCAAUUUUAAUUCCAGGUUGUAAGGCAACAAAAUAGGAAAAAUGCCAAGGGGGGUGAAUACUUUCGCAAGCCACUGUAACUACUACCAGGCCUAUUCAAUUCUUUCAGAUCUAUGAGGUGCCUAGAACUUUCUGAUAAUCCUGAAAAUCCCUUCCUGUUUAAAUAUCAGAAUACGCUGGAGGAGGAGGAACACACACAAAGUUAAUGACUCACAUUUUUCCAGGUCACCACAGUGCCCCAGCCCCCUGAGGCCUCUCCCCCCAAAGAGGCAGCCUCCGGUAUAGGCAGCAGUCACAGGAAAGUGGGGCGCUUCUCUGUCACCCAGAUGGACGCCCAGAAAGAGGAGAAAGAGCUAACGGACAGCUCCCCUGUGUCUCCUGACCUGGAGAGAGAGAGGAGGAGGGCCCGAGGGAAGGAGGGAGAGGAGGGGAAGAGGAACCCAGCACUGAGCCACCCACCACGAGGACAUUGGCAUGGUCACUCACCCCUAGGCAGUAGUGAUGAUGAGGAGAGUGAAAUGGGGGAUGAAGACCUGAGGAAGGAGCUGCACAAGCUGAGAGAGAAGUGAGACAUGGAGGGAAAGAAGGGACAAGAAGAGGGAGGGAUAGAUCAUAAUAAACCCAAUCAAGAAAGAAAGAAAGAAAGAAAGAAAGAAAGAAAGAAAGAAAGAAAGAAAGAAAGAAAGAAAGAAAGAAAGAAAGAAAGAAAGAAAGAAAGAAAGGAAAGCAUCUACUGAAUUCACCUUUUCCCCAUUUUGACCAAUUUGUAUUAUCUUCCCCCCUCCCAUCCCUGCCUGCCUACAUUCUCAAAUGUCCUCACUUUCUCCUCCGCUAUUCUGUCUCUGUCGCUCUAUUCUGUCUCUCUUUCAUUAAUGAUCUCCCAAACCCCAUUCUGUUAAUUUCCCUUCCUCCGUCCUCCCUUCCUCUUUCCUAUCCCUGUGUUCUACCACUUGCCAGACACAUCAAGGAGGUGGUGUCCCUGCAGGCUCAGCAGAACACAGAGCUCCAGGAGCUGUACAGACAGCUCCGCUCCCUCAAAGACCACCGGCCGACCCUGCCUCUGCCCCGCACCCCAACCCUCCCCUUGGGACUGCCAGCCCUCUCCCCCCGCAGGCCUCGCCCAGCCAAAGCCAAGCUCCGGCCCAGACCCCACUCCCACAUGGACAACAAUGGAGUCACUGGUCAACCCGGUAACCAAUCUCUCUUCCUGGGUCUACUUUCGGUCUUUCAAUCUCGAUCUCUCUGUAUUUUUUUCUCUCUCUCUCUCUCUCUCUCUCUCUCUCUCUCUCUCUCUCUCUCUCUCUCUCUCUCCUUCUUUCACUCUUUCUCUAUCUCUAUCUCUGUACCCCCCCCCCCCCCCCCCCCCCUCCCUCUAUCUCCCUCUCUCACUGAAGGUGUACAGUGCCUUCGGAACGUAUUCAGACCCCUUUACUUUUUCCAAAAUGUGUUAUUCUAAAAGUGAUUUUUUAAAUUAUUAUCCUCAGCAAUCUACACACAAUACCCCAUAAUGACAAAGCAAAAACAGAUUUUUAUAAAUGUUUGCAAAAGUAUUGAAUAUAAAAAACAGAAAUACCUUAUUUACAUAAGUAUUCAGACCCUUUGUUGUGAGACUCGUAAUUGAGCUCAGGUGCAUCCAGUUUCCAUUGAUCAUCCUUGAGAUGUUUCUACAACUUGAUUGGAGUCCAUCUGUGAUAAAUUCAAUUGAUUGGACAUGAUUUGGAAUGGCACACACCUGUGUAUAUAAGGUCCCACAGUUGACAGUGCAUGUCAGAGCAAAAACCAAGCCGGAAUUGUCUGUAGAGCUCCGGGACAGGAUUGUGUCGAGGCACAGAUCUGGGGAAGGGUACCAAAACAUUUCCCUGUGAACACAGUGGCCUCCAUCAUUCUUAAAUGAAGAAGUUUGGAACCACCAAGACUCUUCCUAGAGCUGGCCGCCUGGCCAAACUGGGCAGUCGGAGGAGAAGGGCUUUGGUCAGGGAGGUGACCAAGAACCCGAUGGUCACUCUGACAGAGCUCUAGAGUUCCUCUGUGGAGAUGGGAGAACCUUCCAGAAGGACAACCAUCUCUGCAGCACUCCACCAAUCAGGCCUUUAUGGUAGAGUGGCCAGACGGAAGCCACUCCUCAGUAAAAGGCACAAGACAGCCCGCUUGGAGUUUGCCAAAAGGCACCUAAAGACUCUCAGACCAUUAGAAACAAGAUUUUCUGGUCUGAUGAAACCAAGGUUGAACUCUUUGGGCUGAAUGCCAAGCAUCACAUCUGGAGGAAACCUGGCACCAUCCCUACAGUGAAGCAUGGUGGUGGAAGCAUCAUCCUGUGGGGAUGUUUUUCAGUGGCAGGGACUGGGAGACUAGUCAGGAUCGAGGCAAAGAUGAACGGAGCAAAGUACAGAGAGAUCCUUGAUGAAAACCUGCUCCAGAGCUCUCAGGACCUCAGACUGGGGUGAAGGUUCACCUUCCAACAGGACAACGACCCUAAGCACACAGCCAAGACAAUGCAUGAGUGGCUUCGGGACAAGUCUCUGAAUGUCCUUGAGUGGCCCAGCCAGAGCCCGGACUUGAACCCGAUCUAACAUCUCUGAAGAGACCUGAAAAUAGCUGUGCAGCAACGCUCCCCAUCCAACCUGACAGAACUUGAGAGGAUCUGCAGAGAAGAAUGGGAGAAACUCCCCAAAAACAGGUGAGCCAAGCUUGUAGCGUCAUACCCAAGAAGACUCAAGGCUGUAAUCGCUGCCAAGGGUGCUUCAACAAAGUACUGAGUAAUGGGUCUGUUUUUGCUUUGUCAUUAUGGGGUAUUGUGUGUAGAUUGAUUAGGGGGAAAAAGCAAUGUAAUCGAUUUUAGAAUAAGUCUGUAACCUAACAAAAUGUGGAAAAAGUCAAGGGAUCUGAAUACUUUCCAAAGGCACUGUAUAUGUGAUAUCUGACUGUCUGUUGUAUCUCCUGAAGGUAUCCAGCAGUCCAGUAG